AUGGGGGAUGGGUCUGCGCCGAUGUGUACACUGAGUGUUAAGUCCGAUGUAUAUUAUCGUGUCCAAAGUUCUACUUUUGGUGGGGUUCAGAAGGUACGAUAUCGUGGAGAGUAGUCCAAAUAUAAGAAAUAGAAGAGAUCUUACUUACAAUUGACAGAGCUUAACCCAGCUCUGGUGUGGAUAGCUUGCAGCGGUAUUAUCCCCGCUUACAGGAUAUUCGGCAGGUCUCCUCUUCUUUGUGGUAACAGGUGGCCGAAGUUGGGGAAGAUAAAAUGAAGACAGUAAUGGUGCAGUAUGUUCUACACUGAUAAAAAAUAAUAAAAUAUGGUAGAUACACUCACAUUCUGUAGAGCUUAGGCUAGCUCUAGUUGGUUAGGCGUACAGCGGUAUCAUCCCCGCUUAUGGGAUAUAUGAGGAGUGAUCUUGAUCGGAAUGUCAGGAGCUCGAAGAGAAGGUAAAACAGCGAUAGUGCUCUCAAUAAAAUCUUAAAUGGUAAAAUAAAAUAAUAAAAUAUACUCACAGUGUAUAGGGCAGACUAACUGCUCUAUGUAACAGCGUAGGUGGUAUAAUCCCCACCUGGGAUUCUUGGAGUAUGGUAUACAGGACUUUAAAAUAAUAAAAAAAGAUAAAAUGUAAAUAAAAAAUAAUAAAUAAUAAAUAAUAAAUAAAAAGUUUAUAAAAUAGCCAGGUAAUAGAAAAGAUGAUGGUAUAAACGUAAAAAUGACCAAAAUCUUUUAUUAACAAUAUAUAAAAUAGUAAAAAAUAUCCAAACGCGUUUCACCAAUGUAAGGCUUUAUCAAUGGAUAGCAAAGGUUCAUCAUCUUUUCUAUUACCUGGCUAUUUUAUAAACUUUUUAUUUAUUAUUUAUUAUUUUUUAUUUACAUUUUAUCUUUUUUUAUUAUUUUAAAGUCCUGUAUACCAUACUCCAAGAAUCCCAGGUGGGGAUUAUACCACCUACGCUGUUACAUAGAGCAGUUAGUCUGCCCUAUACACUGUGAGUAUAUUUUAUUAUUUUAUUUUACCAUUUAAGAUUUUAUUGAGAGCACUAUCGCUGUUUUACCUUCUCUUCGAGCUCCUGACAUUCCGAUCAAGACCACUCCUCAUAUAUCCCAUAAGCGGGGAUGAUACCGCUGUACGCCUAACCAACUAGAGCUAGCCUAAGCUCUACCGAAUGUGAGUGUAUCUACCAUAUUUUAUUAUUUUUUAUCAGUGUAGAACAUACUGCACCAUUACUGUCUUCAUUUUAUCUUCCCCAACUUCGGCCACCUGUUACCACAAAGAAGAGGAGACCUGCCGAAUAUCGUGUAAGCGGGGAUAAUACCGCUGCAAGCUAUCCACACCAGAGCUGGGUUAAGCUCUGUCAAUUGUAAGUAAGAUCUCUUCUAUUUCUUAUAUUUGGACUACUCUCCACGAUAUCGUACCUUCUGAACCCCACCAAAAGUAGAACUUUGGACACGAUAAUAUACAUCGGACUCAACACUCAGUGUACACAUCGGCGCAGACCCAUCCCCCAUUUUUUCUGCUCCUAUCAUUUGUAUUCCAAGGACACUAGAGGGAGUCCUUGUUUGGGACUGCUGCCUCUCUGACUAGCGCUGACUCAACCCCCCGUUUUGUUAAUUUGCACUAUAUGUCUGUUGAACCGUAAUACACCUCUAUCAUAUUAAAUGCACACACAUAUGAUAUAUAAUUUUAUUCAGGGGAAAUAGGGAUUUCAUGUCAUGUCAAAUAUUUAUAUAAGAAACAUAAUUUAAUAUGAAUAUAAUCUAAAACAGUUUACGAAAUUAAGAAACUUUAUUUUUUUUAGUUCUGCAUGGCAUUUUAACUGUUAAUGUCAUAAUACUGUUAGCUUUUACUGCAAUAAAAUACACAUAUUUGUGUUCAGUGAUGUCUCACGAGUACAACAGUACCAUACAGGUUUUAUGGGGUUUUGAAAAGUUACAGGGUCCAAUACAAGGCUAGCCCAUUUUAGUUUUUACACAUUAAAAUUUGCCAGCUUGGUUACGUUGCCUUUGAGACCGUAUGGUAGCCCAGGAAUGAAAAUUGCCCCUAUGAUGGUAUACCAUUUGCAAAAGUACACAACCCAGGGUAUUCAAAAUGGCGUAUGUGCAGUCUUUUUAGUAGCCACUUAUUCACAAAAACUGGCCAAAGUUAGCGUUCAUAUUUAUGUUUUGCAUUUUUCACACAUAAACUGUACUUUCAUUGAAGAUAUCCUAGUCGUGAUAUGUUUUACUGUUUUGAAACACUCAUAUUUGAGUUUAGCGAAAUCUCCUGAGUAAAACAGUUCCCCCAUGUACAGGUUUUAGGGUGUAUUGUAAAGUUACAAGGUUAAAUAUAGUUCUUGCAAAUUAAAUUCUCUGGACUUUAUGCCUGGGUUGUCAGGCAGGUCCUUAAAAUUAUAAUUACUAAAAUAACAUAAUUAUGUAAAAAGAUUAACCUCUGACAGGGUCUCCCAGCAUGGCACCAUUGAUUGGUGCUUGGCUUUCACAGAUGCCCAACACCGAUCACAGUAUAAUUGGCAUUCUGGAGUUUCAUCAAUACAGGUAGAUGUUUGCGUUGCUGGAAACAGCUAGCAGAUGGCGGCAACAUUCCACUCUCUACUAGGAAAUCCAUCUGCUGAUAUCGUUACUGAUAUUAGCAGAGGGUUUCCUUAAGAUCACGGUUAAGGUUAGAGGUAGGGUUGGUUUAAGAUGAAUGUUAGAGUUUGUUGUAUGUUUAGACAAAUCUCUCUUUCUGCAUAUAUUUUUUACCAUUAAUUGUUUCUUGGCGUUUUUAGCACAAGUAAUGUUCAUUACAUAGUUACAUUCACAUAACACUGGUUGAAAAUACAAUAUCAAUUGUGUUACAAUGUAUAAACUGUUUAAUAGGGUUUUGUAACAUUUGUGCUACAACCAGAUAUCUAUUAUGUGGGCACAUACAUUUUAUAAAUGUCGUAGACAUGAGUGUAUAAUUAGCAGUAAAUAAGGUGGAAAGAUGACUGAAAAAUAACAGAAAUCUUAGUAAGUAGAUCAUAAUAAGAAAGUCAAUAUGCCACCUCAGUCAUCCCUACGAGGACAUACAGAGUCACGCCUUGCAUGUGGUGCAUACUACAUUGCUCAGUACAUUAGGGAUGACAUCAUAACCCUUAGAGUACAGGAAUCAGUGGCAGCAAUGCGUAUGAGCAGGGAAUAAUCUACAGUCAAAAGUAUUUUAGCCGUGGCUGUAUUGUUUUUUACAUCUUUCUCAAAUAGUCAGGAAUAACUGUGUCUUUUUGCUAGAAGUUUGUGACAUGCGCACGUAAACAUAAAAUAGUUGAAUCUUGUCACAGAUUUGUGAGAGAGAGGGGCACUCAAUGGACUUCCAAUUUGUUGCUAUAAAAUCGCGAUCUUCUAAUAGCGUAAGGGCAAUGAGGUACCCUCCUCAGUAGCACAUAUCCAACAUGUGGAGAAAGCCAUUGGAAAGAUCUUUUGUAAUCUGUGAGGGGUCAUAUAGAAGUGUCCUAUGUGCCUCAAUAUGUGAAUAACAUUUUGUGAAUUUGGAGAGGUCCUUAAGGGCCAAUAGCCAAUCACCAUUAGUCAAAGUCAUGGUCUUUCUGCAUAUAUUAGAAUCAGCUAAGAAUAACCAAACAAGACACUUGAGAACCACUGUCACACCACCUAUGGAGUUAUUGUUGACCUCCUAACAAAGUACUAGGAAACUUGAAGAAAUUUCACAGGAGAGCACAGGCAAUACCCAUAUGUGCUGCAGGCUGGAGUUCAUGGGACACAUACCAGGCGUAACAAGCAAGAAGCCCCACGGGCCAACCCUUUACCCUCUUCCUUGACACCUCUCAUGUAUCAGUAUCUGAGUAUGUUAAGGAUGUCGAUAUGUAUUCAAUGUGUUACUUAUUUUUCUGUGAAAACUUACAAAAACACUAGAUCUGAAGAAUUAUGCAUGUAUGCACAGGGUUAGGGGUAGGGUUGGUGUAGCGUGGUGAGGGGGGAGUUGGUUAACUACCAAAAAUUAAUUUAGAUCCUAGAUAUAUAAGGCAUUUGACAAUCAGGACAGUAACAUGAAUCUAUGUUGAGGUCUUUGUGUUUAGUUGCACUGGAUGUUUAAAUAUUAUUAUAAAAAAUAUUAAAAACCCUUAAAGGGACACUAUAGUCACCUGAACAACUUCAGCUUAAUGAGGUUGUUCAGGUGAGAACUAUAGCUCCCUGCAGCCUCUCAUGUAAACACUGUAUUUUCUGAGAAAAUACAGUGUUUACCUUGAAAGCUAGGAACACCUCCAGUUGGAGUCACUCAGAGUGAACCAUAAUAUGCCUCCAUCCACUCAGAUCUGCUGUCAGCAGAGCACAGGGCAGCACUGUGCACAGCAUGCUGUGAUUCAGUAUCUCCUCCCUCUGCAUGCAGACACUGAACUUUCCUCAUAGAGAUUCAUUGAUUCAAUUCAUCUCCAUGAGGAGUAGACAUGUGCAAUUAGUUUCUGGCCGAAUAUGUAUUCGGACUAAUUUCUGGCAAUUCGGACAUUCGGGUACUUCCGAAUGUCCGAAUUGCCGAAGUGCCGAAUUACCGAGGUUCCGAAAUUACCGAAUUUCCGAAGUGCCGAAGUUUUGCCUAAGUACUAAUAUACUUACCCAGUGGAAGAAGAAGAAUGUUACAAUGUAUACAAUUUUAAAUAAAAAGUAUACAAACAUAGCCAGGAUUCAGCAGUAAGCAUUUGCAACACUUACAACAAUCAAGUAACACACAUUCAUAUAAAAUGUAAGUUACUUAGCCUGUCAAUGUAAUGACAGGAAUGAAUAAGUAGAUAACUCCCUAAUUCCCAUGGUAUUAAGGAGCUAUCUACUAAGGCUGAAAGACCUAAAUUGGUCUUUCAGACAAAUUUACUAAUACUUAGUAAAAAUUACUUAGUAUUAGUAAAUUAUGCCCCUACUCACUAUACCGCGAGUAGGGGCAUGUCUAUUAAACAGUUAGCAGCCUGUGGCUGCUCACUGUAAAAACAAACAAACAAACAAAAAAAACACGUCCCCUUCCCCCUCCUAACCUGAAGGGAGGACCUAUUCUCCCCCCCGGCCCCCACCCCUGAACGGCGGGUGGGGGCCCUAAAGUAAAAUAAGGGCGGGACCUAUUGACCUCCCCCCCGCCACCACCCAUGAGCGGAGGGUGGGGGCCCUAAAGUAAAGUAAUGGGGUGGGGGCACCUAUUGCCCUCCCCCCAGUCCCCACCCCUGAGCGGCGGGUGGGGGCCCUAAAUCAGAAUGUGGGUGGACCUAAUGUCCUCCACCCUGGGAGCAGUGGGUGGGGGCCCUAAAUACUAUUUAGGGGGGGACCUGAUGUCCUCCCCAUUGGCCCCCACCCCGAGCGGUGGGUGGGGGCCCUAAAUUAGAAUGAGGGGGGAGCACCUAAUGUCCUCCCCCCUGGCCCCCACCCCUGAGCGGUGGGUGGGGCCCUAAAUACUAAUUGGGGGGGACCUAAUGUCCUACCCCCUGGCCCCCACCGCAGAGCGUCGGGUGGGGGCCCUAAAUAAAACGGGACGGGGACCAUUUAACUAAGUACCUGUAAAAAAAAUUUAAAUAAACUUACCAUUUGAUGUUUUCUUUCUUCUAAAAUCUUCUUUUUCCAGCCCCCAAAAAGGCCAAAUAAAAAUCAAUAAUAACCGACACAAUUUAAAAAAAAAAUCCAUCUUCACCCGGCGAGGGCUCCGCGCAGACUGAGCUCUGCAGGGCGGGGGAAGGCUUAUAAAGCCUUGCCCCACCCUGCAAUUAGACUCAGAGCACUCUGAUUGGUGGGUUUAAGCCAUCCAAUCAGAGUGCUCUGACAGGUAAAUGAAGAGACUGACAGGUAAGUCUCUACAUUUACCUGUCACAGCACUCUGAUUGGUUUGUUUGAAAUCCACCAAUCAGAGUGCUCUGUGUCAUUAUACACAGCGUGGGAAAGUUCUUUGGAAUUUUCUAUCAAGGUAUGUGUGUGUCUCUCAUGGUAUGUGUGUGUGUCAUGGUGUGUGUCUGUCAUGGUAUAUGUGUGUGUCUGUGCCUGUCUUGGUGUAUGUGUGUGUCUGUGUGUGUUUAGAAAGUGUUUUUACUCACCUUUUUUUCCCUACGCCGUGCUGCGGGGCUGGCAUAGAUUUUUUUCCAGGGCUGCUUUGCAUCCCCAGUCCGGCCCUGGAGAUGCUGAUUGGCCAGGACUGUGUUUGAAUCAUGCUGGCUCUGCCCCUGAUCUGCCUCUUUGUCAGUCUCAGCCAAUCCUAUGGGGAAGCAUUGUGAUUGGAUCAGGCUACCACAUAUCAGCAGACUGCUUGUUUUUAUGAGUCUAACAGCAUGCAGAUUUACAGCUUCAGGCUUGAAUACAGUAAGAUUUUUACUAUAUUUAUGGAGGCAUGAGGGGCCCAGGGGGGCUAGAGGGUGGUGUUAACACUAUAGGGUCAGGAAUACAUGUUUUUGUUCCUGACCCUAUAGUGAUCCUUUAAAUAAUGGUUGAAUACACAAAUAGCACAAAAUCUAUGUUUUGUUUUGAUUCAGAACUUGGCAGAUUGCCUCAUUCCUAAAGGUGUUAUAUAAACUUAGUUUUAAGUAGGUCACAAUGAGUAGUAGCUGUUCCAUAAUUGAGUCCUUCUGAGAUAUUUUGUCUCAUGGUGAAUUUCCAUUGACACGCACCCAUGUGUCUGUCUGGGUUAAUUACCAAAAUCUGAAUUAUCGAAAACUAAAAGUAAAUUCAAAGGGAAUUUUCAAAUUUAAGACUAAAAGUAGCCGUAGUGCAAUAUACACUUUCUAUGUCAGCUCUUUUUGCUUUAAAUUUCAGAUUCUCAUUAUCUUUUUAGUGAAAAACCCUGAUAUGUCAUAGCUGAGAGAAACAAACUAAUUUUAUAAAAAGUUUGAAUCAGGAGAUCUAAAGUGGCAUCCAUUAAAGUAAUAUUGGAAGGCAAAUACUGAGUUCACAAAUUUACAUGUUUCCAAUGUGCAGACAUUGAAUCAUACCGAUACCUUCACAAGCACAGCUUUACACGAUAGCUUAAAUUGAGAUCCAUUUAUUGCUGACAUCUUGUGUCCCAACCGAAAACCUCACAGAAAAAAAAAAAACGAACUUUUCUAGAUAUUUGUUAUAUUUCUUGUAUACUUCUAAUAUGUUUAAUUUUCAAGAAAACAUCAUAUAUUUUUUUUCCCCUUCAUUCCUUGGGGUGACAUUGUUAUUUUUUUUUUUUUUUUAUAUAUUUUCUGUAUUUUAUUGAGGCAUAUUAGAUGGGAUACAGAAUAGAGAGAGGGAAAUGUGCAUUAGAAUACAGUACAGGGCUCAAUAACAGUGGUAUCUAACAUUUCCUUAAUAUUUGUACCUCUUUUUUAUGUUUUAUGAUUUAACAUUGCUUUUGUAAACAGGUUUAGGCAAUAUGCAAUUUAAGUCGCUUAACAUUGACUAGUUGUAACAAGUUAAGUGAACAAGUUUUGUAUAGGGUGAUUGCGUAAGCUCAGUAGUUCCCUGUUGUGUAAAAUUAACUCAAAUAAUAAGAACACGCUAACAUAAUAAGCGAUUAACUGCUUGCAAAUACUGACGUGCCUAUAUCCCCGGGCACCCCCCACUACUAUCUGCCAUACGUGCAGUGGUAUAUGAGCAGACUGGCUAAUGUCCAGGCUCCAACAAAUAAAUAUCUAUUUGAGCAUAUUCAAAAUCAGGUUAGGGAGACAUAGUAAAUGAGGGAGAGCAGACUGCAGUGUGUGGGGGCCGUGUGACAUAUUAAGCAUAGCACUAAAUCAUUACCAACAGCCGUCAUACAUGUAGGCGAAAGUUAAGCAGUGAAUUCGAGUGAGGAGCAAAGGUUAAAGAGUUCUUUCAGUCCUCUUCAUCCCAUGCCUGUUCGUGGCCAGUUGUUGUCAGGAGAAGGAAGGCAUGUGGAGUCAGUGCAGUGGUUGUGGGUGGAGGUCCCCCUCCAGCCCCAGGCCUUUAUGGAGGGUGGCAUCUUCGGACCUCUGACUCGAGGGCUCUGAGAGAUCGAGGCAUUCCCUUGUCGGGUGCAGGUGGAGCCGGUGUAUCUUCGCCGCCUGCGGCGGGCAGUCCCCCUGCAGGGUGGUUGAUGCUGCGGAGGUGGUUUCCUCACGGCCCUCGGCCUCGGCGGGCAUUGUGCUUGCGUUGCUGGUUUGGGGUCAGUUGCUGUGCCCGGAGUGGGGCGCCUCUUCCCCUUAGUGUCUACUGUCUGCUUGUGCAUGGGUGACAUUGUUAUUAAUGUGUUUUUUUACGACCCAGUCAUCCAGUACCUUUUAAAUCGACUAAUUUAACAUUUGUUGCUUUCAGGAUUUCCAGUCUGCCUUUUAACCCCUUCGUGACAACGGUUGUUUUAUACCUUAAGGACACGAGCAAUUUUUAUAAUUUUUCUUUGUCUUCUUUUCAUUGGUGAUUUCCCUCUUACUCAUUUAGUACAUUUCGAUAUUGAGGGUUUUUUGCACGUUUUUUUAAAUUAUACUUAGGGUUUUCUUUUCAUACCACGCAUAAAUGUAUAACUGCUCCUUUAACAUGGAAAAUAAGGGGAAAAGAGGACAAUUUUAAAAAUCAGCCUAAUUUUUUUUUUACAGUGCAUAAAAAUGCAUUCAUCUGUUUGUCCUGAGGCUGAGCAUACCUUAUAUAUUUAGAUUUGCCUCAUAUUUUUUGCAGACACACGUCAUUAACCAAAAGCAGUUCAUUUGUUUAUUAAAACGAACAGGAUUUUUCCCUAAAGUGAGAAUUCAAAGUGAAUUCACAGGGAAUUCCAAAGGUAGUUGAACUGGAAGCAUAGCUCACUUAGAGAAUUUUUCCAAUUUGGCUAAUUUGACCUUGAAUGUAAAAUCUCUUUUAAUUCACUUUGAAUUCUUACUUUAGUGAAGAACUCUGUAAAUAUUUAUUUCUAUUUUUUUUUAAUUUUGAUAUGUAUGUAUAUCUGAGUAGUCACACAUGGCCAUACCAUGUUUAAACCCACGACUGCUUCAAAGUACCCUGAUAUCAGUGGGACCAAUGCUAAUUUUAACAUGGGAGGAAAAACAUGCUUAAGGCAGAGCUUACUGCUUAACCCCUUAAGGACACAUGACAUGUGACAUGUCAUGAUUCCCUUUUAUUCCAGAAGUUUGGUCUUUAAGGGGUUUAACUGCUUUAAGAGAGAAUUUAUGCAAUCCUGUGUUCACUUUCAUAUGGUGCAGUUACUUGAUAAGGUGUGUGAUUUUAAGGAGCCCUGUAAGAUUUAAAACUCUAUUUUGUGUGUGUACUUUUCUCUUAGUGUGUGUUUUGCAUAUAUUUCGGUCUUCACGGGAGCAUUACUAUUAUGAAAUGCAUAUUCUAGGUGUGCCCCCAGGGCCAUUUUAAACGUGGUGCCGUGUGGGCCCCGCUGCCUGAAAAACAAUAAUUUACCUGGGCUGUCUUAAACGCGGAGCAAACAGGGCAGCUGCCGUGUGGGCCCCGCUGCCCGCAAAACAAUAAUUGAUCUGCCCCACAGGCCCACUGGUGCUGUGACUGCACCAUGGUCCAACACAUUAAGAGGGCCCAUCGGGCGGCCCAUGUAUUUAGGGACACUAGGUGGGCCUUUCUCAGCAGGGGCCUGGUCGGCAGCCGUUUGGGGGGAAGUGACUGCCGUGAGUCACUUCCUCUCAGAGAGAGUGAAGCUGUGCGGGAAGGAUGAGGAGGCUCUCAGGAGGGGGCACUGAUCUGAAGUGCCAGAGCCUCUCACUCCCAACUACCUCAGCCUGCCACUGGACCCCAGGGAAGCCACCCUCCUGCACCAAUAAGGUAGGCAACUGGAGGGUGGCUUUAACCCCUUAAGGACCAAACUUCUGGAAUAAAAGGGAAUCAUGACAUGUCAAACAUGUCAUGUGUCCUUAAGGGGUUAAAGGAGUAGUGUUUCAGUAUGUCUGUCUGUGUGUCAGUAUGUCUUUCUCUCUGUGUGUCAGUAUGUCUGUCUGUGUGUUAGUAUUUCUGUGUGUGUGUCAGUAUGUCUGUCUGUGUGUGUCAGUAUGUCUGUCAGUAUGUCUGUCAGUGUGUGUAUCAGUAUGUCUGUCAAUUGUGUCAGUAUGUCUGUCAGUGCGUGUCUCACUAUGUCUGUGUGUGUCAGUAUGUCUGUCAGUGUAGAUCUCUAUGUUGUUAGUAUGUUUAUCUUUUUGUGUGUCAGUGUGUAUAUCUGUGUAUCUGUACUUAGUCAGUGUAUCUAUGUGUCUAUGUAGUCUGUGUAACCAUGCAAGCAUGGGAAAAUGGUAGAGCCCCAGCUGACAAAGCAUUGUUCGACUUGCACGACAGACGGGCAUCUAUCUUUUGGCAACCCUUGGGAUUGGGGGGCCCCCCAAAAAAUUUUGCACCUUGGCCCACUCUACUUUAGUCCCGCCACUGCGUUUGGGUGUGGAGAGCCUGAUUGCUUAUCAGGGAGGGGGAGGUGGUUGUCAGGGUCCAGGAAGCCCAGUCAAAGUGCCUCCAAUUUAAUUUAUUCCUUAGGAAAUUGAGUAAAAGGGGACAUGAAUUUGAUUCACCUCCAAACAUCCACCACACUCAGUAUUGCCAAUGAAUCCCUCAAUAUCAAAGGGAUCAAAUAUUAGUUAGGGAGACUCACUGACAAAUGAAAGUGUCAAUUGAUUUUUUUCUGGUUUAAAGAGUGAGUUAACUCCAAGCUUCCUUCUCUUGAUGACACUUACACUUGGGACCCUUAAAAAUGAAUGAACUAUUUGGUCACUGACUAAUACAGUAACUCAGUGGGUCAUUCGUUUUAUAUGGGGCAUGAGGGCACUUAAAUGGAGCGGGAUGAUAAGGGGAGUGUGGAAUAUAUGGACACUACAAUUUAAGCCUACCUGCACAAUGUUUCUAAUGUCAGAAUUUCCCAGCCUGCACUCAUUUUCUGAGAUUAAUCCCACAUUAGGGAAUGCUGGUAAAUAUCUGAUACUGAUAGAUUGCGGCCUGCAUCUUUGCUGCAAACUCCGAACAGUUCGCUUGUAGCGGAUGGCACUGUGGCUGUCCUUAAAAGACUAUGAGAAUCCUGCAAUUCGUGUGUUAAUUCUGUUUUGUAAUUCCCUGUAACUAGCAUUCGUAUGUUUGUUCGGUAGUUUCCAUGUGUAUUUCAUACGAAUGGAAACUACCGAACUAAUAGACCUCCCCAGAGUGAAGUGUGUUCCCAAUUAAGUGUCGAACAUGUGUUAACCGCAGACUAAUAGGUGGUUUAUUGCUGUAUCUGGGUGGCCGCCAUUCGGCAUACGAACACGUGGCGGCGGCCAUCUUACGCACGAAAGACUCAGCUGUGUUUGGUCGUCGAGUGUCUGGAACUCAAAUCGGACACUCGAUUACCCGAACACUGCUGACAUCUCCAGAGCUCCAUAACUCCCGAACGGGAAGACGAAUCAGCCCCCCCGUUCGGUGAGUUUGGAGUACCGAACAAGGGCAUUCAGGUGAAUUACAGUUUAAUCGUGGCUGGCAUGUAUUUCAAUGUAUUUUACCUCCCGAACGGAGACCGACCGCAGGGCCAAAACGCAUGGAACCCAUUUCAGAUACCACCUCAAAUUUCACCCUCCACCCUCCACCUAACUCCCGAACCCCUGGUCCGAUCUGGGUGAAUUUUGGAUAUGUUAGUCACCCAGGUCAGGGCUACCAGGGGGUACCCAAAGUAUGGGUGUACCUGCUAAUCUUGGGGUACAUCCAGAACUUGGGGAAAACUGUAACCUGUAUAAUGGGAUUAGGUGUCAUACUAAGUGGAGGAGAGGUGUGGGAGGUAACUGCUAUUUCAUUGGGUACUGUAUUAAUGAAUGUGAAUCCCUCCCUUGCAUGGGAGAAAUGCUUAAAAGGAGGUUGUGUGGAAUAAACAUCAGUUCUGCUCCUGAUGCUGUGUGUCGUCCAGUCAUUGGGAUCUGUAUGGGGAUAUUCGUGGAUUGCUUUGCUUAUUGGAAUUAUUGCUUCAUGGGAUUUUUCAUCACUUGUUCCUGAGCCUCACUGGGAUCUUAGUGGAGUUAACCUGUGAAAUACCAGGCCUCCGCUACAUCGCUCGUGACUGUUUUUUGUGACUUUCCCGGCAUGUCAAUCAUCGUAAACCCUGUAAGGUUAAAGAAUAUAUUUUGCAUUUCUUAAACAGGGUAGUUUACAUAUAUUAAAAAGGUACGCCUAGUUAUUUUUUCCUGUGUGUUUACUAAAGCUACUCAGGCGUAGUAUAUUACAUUCUACAAAUGAAUUGUUGAUUUAUGCAUAAUUUUGUUUGCGUUUGGUAAGUACCUGGAGUGCACAGUAACAGUCUUGUCUGUAUUAUAUUAAUUCAUACUGUAAAUCAUGUGAAAACUUGAGGCAGUUUUAUUCAAAACAAAAGAACAUUAUUGAUUAAAUGGACACUCUAAGCACCAAAACCACUACAUCCUAAUAUAGUGAUUUUGGUGCACAGAGUCAGAGGUAGGCAACCUUUGGCACUCCAGAUGUUGUGGACAACAUCUCCCAUAAUGCUCUUAUAGCCGUAGUGCUGGCAAAGCAUCAGGGGAAAUUUAGUCCACAACAUCUGGAGUACCAAAGGUUUCCUACCCCAGGCCUGUCCUUGUAGUCUGACAAAUAUAUGCAUUGCUAUGUCUCAGAAUUGGCAGUGUAUUCAAGUGACAGUCAGUAUGCCUCUAGUGACUGUCAUUUCCACACUAGAGGCCUUUCCUGUUGAAGACUUAAUUGAAAGUCUUCUUGUUUGCAUGAUGACUCUGAACAGUGUAGAUGUUUCUUUGGUUUACAGGUGAGUUUUACUUAGUGUUUAGACUCCCAAAGUGGGCAUAAUAAAAAUGUUUGGAUGACUUUAAAUUAAACCUGGUUUAAUAUAAAUGUAUUUUCUUACAGGAUACCGGGAGCCAGAUUACUCAUACCAGAUAAACGUGCGGUACGCCACAUUGGCCUGUCACCAGCUUGCCAACAGCCAAUUUUUCGAGGGUCUUCUCAGUACAGUCAGAGGUCUUAUCGAUGGCCUGACCUGUGAGCUGACAAAUUUUUAUCAUAGUUGUCACGCCAUUAAAGAACCAGAAGAGAAGCUUCAAAACGAACUCUUCCUAUCUUUCAGAGGUAAUUGGUUUUAUGAAACAUACUACUUUAAAGCAGUUACACAAAGUUUAUAUAUUAGUUUUAGCCCAUUUCAACAUAUAUUCAUCAGUGUGGUCACACUGCUACUUUAGCCGCAACAAGUCCCCGGUUGGCACGAGCGCACAUGAGCAGGGCGGUCAGCCGAGAAGGGACAUGUAUACUCACCUGGAUUGCAGCGUAUUGCCGCCUGAUCCUCUAGUGAGAUGAGUCCCGGCUGGUACGACAUUCUAAGGGCCGCUGGCUGCUGUGGUCCCGUUCUUAAUAGAAAAAUACAUAGUGCCCACGUUAAAGAAGGCCAUGUACUUACAAAUAACAGCAGUGAGAGACAUAGUUAAACCCUGUAAUGCUUUUCCUGUUGCCCUGUUGUGGUUUCCACUUGUUGGUUGUCAGAGAGCACGCGUAAGCCAAUGUAAAAAAACAGAAAAAAAAUUAACAAGAACGUUCUGGUUAAUUUUUUUUCAGUUUUUUUUACAUUGGCUUGUAUUUUGACUUUCCCUACUUCUGGUAUCUUGAUCUUUAGCUAGUAUUUUCAUAUUGUCUUAUUCUGUAUCAUCGACCUCGGCUUGUUUAUUGACCUUUCUCUAAGUCCAGCCAGUCUAAGGCCCGGUAUACGUUGCUAUUGUGUUAUCAUAGUUUUGCGUGUUGGGUCAUACAGUAGUCGUGACAAAAUGCAACUCUGUGUAAAAUGUUCCAUGCAGUGGGUUGAGUGACAGCCACUAGAAGUGUUAAUAGUCAUCAAUGUAAACACUGCUUUUUCUAUGAAAAGGCAAUGUUUAUAUUAAAAUGCCUUUAGGGACAGACAUUAGAUACCAGAACUACAUUAAGCUUUAGUUGGUCUGGUGACUAUAGAGUCCCUUUAAGAUUAAAAGAUAUGCAUGUUGGUAUUCUAAGAUGUAUUUAAAAAUGUCCACUGUACAGAGCAUGUAUAAAUUACAGCUGUGUACUUCAAAGUAAAUAUUUUAAAUGAAACUCAUCUGCAUUACGUGUAAGGCUACAUAUAAGCCUAACAGUAUUACUUUUUAUAGUAUGUGUUCCUUCACUCCCCCACAGACUUUAACAGUUGGCCCAUUUUAAGGAAAUCCCCAUCCAAACAAUGUGGAGGUCUUACAAUCUUCCCUAAUUUAGAGAUGUGCACUAAAUAUCCUAUAUCAUCCUCCCACCCGUUACUCACAGCACUUGCCGUCUAGUCAUUCCAUUCCAAGCUGGAGCCGAAAUUGAUUGUAGUGCGUUGGAUAGACAUUGCAUGAAACUUUGUAAAAAAAAUGAUUAAAAAGAAAACCAAACUAAAAAGAUCACAUUUGUCGUUUCUGCACUUUCUACAAGUCACAAGAAUUUGUCGCUUCUGACAGCUCUGUCCAGACUAUGAAGUAGAUUGCACCUGAUACCCAAUCGUACCCUUUACAAUUUUCUGAAAGACAUUAAAGUUAUUUUUGUUUUGUUUUUUACUUCUUAUAUCAUAGGAAUUAUUUGAUUGAUUGUUUUAUUUCUGUAAAAAGGAACAGAAAAGGAACUAUAGGACUAGACACAAACGGUUAUGGAGAAUUAACUCUAAAGGGACACUAUAGGCACCUAGACCACUUCAGCUCAUCGAAGUGGUCUGUGUGCCAUGUCCCUUUGGCACUUAAUGCUGCAAUGUAAAACAGAGAAACUGCAAUUAUUACAUUGCAGCUCUAAGCAGGGGCGGAUCCAGAGCCUAAUCUUGGGAGGGGCAUUCAUAAAUUAUUUAAAGAAGCAAUCCAGGCACAAUAGCUACUAUAGCUCUCUGUAGUGGUUAUGGUGCUAGGAGCGCUGUGGUGCACUCCCAGAGUAAGUAGUCAAACCAUUUAAGAAUAGUUUGACGGGGGCGUGGCUAACCGCCGAGCAAGAUGGCCGCUUGAAAUUUUGCUGCGGCACAUGGGCUCUAACAAUAAGCAUUUUUCUCAGACGAUAACGAAAAUUAAACACGGCCAGAGCAAGCAUGUCGCAGGGCAAGCACAAGAAGAACACUUCCAAAGAAGCAAAACUCAAAUUCUUCACGCAGAAACCCAGCCAAACGGCUCUGCACGUGCAGGCAGCAACCCGGGAUGGCGGAGGCUCCUCGGAUGAGAGCAGCUCAUCCCCAGAGACAGGGGAACCAACCCUAAACACUGCCUUAACCAAGCGACACCUACAAGAAGCCAUGGAGGCACUGUCAGCAAGACUGAUUCAGUCAUGGACCUCCAGUGUAGACACGCUCCGCAAAGACAUCCUCGACCUGGGCGCAAGAACUACUCGCACUGAAACAAAAAUGGCGGAAUACGCCACAGCUCACAACGAGCUGGCAGAACAGGUCUCCCACUUACAGCACACCAUCGAAACCAUGGAAAUAAAACUAAUGGAUGCCGAGGACAGAUCAAGGCGGAACAACCUCCGCUUAAGGGGGAUACCGGAGGCGUUCUCCAGGACGACUUACCCAGAUACGUUCGAGACCUCUUCAAUGUGAUAGCACCGGACAUCCCCUCCGAUAUGCUGCUUCUGGACCGCGUCCAUAGGAUCCCGAAACCAAAACACCUGCCACCAUCCACACCAAGAGACGUGUUAUUGCGCGCUCAUUACUUCCAUGUAAAAGAAAUAAUAUUAAAAUCUAGCCGCACAACACACCUACCAACUGAAUUUGCAGGCAUCAGGAUCUUCGCGGACCUAUCCCAAGCGACCCUGAAAAAAAGGAAAACGUUCCAGCAAGUGACAACAACUCUCAGGGACCACAACAUCAGGUACCGAUGGGGCUACCCCACAAAACUCCUUGUGUGGAGAAAUGGCGAAUUCAGCCCUCUGACCACGCCAGCGGAUGGAAUGAAGACGCUAAAAGCAUGGGGCCUACAGCUUUCCCAAGCAAGACGCCAGCCACCUCUACCUGCAUCUACCAAAGUAACCCAGGACUGGAAAAAAGCCUAAGGACUGGGACUGGGCGCUGCCUUCUCUCCAUUCCCGAUAUCUCUUAAUCAGGUUGCCAGACACGUAAGUAUUGCAACCACAGCAUCCCACCAACCCACCUAUACCCACAACUUCUAUUCCCCACGCCAGCCUACCAAACAACACCUAUGCCACAUGCAACACAUCAUGACCAUCAAUCCCACAGGCCACCUGGCCGAACGGGAGAGAGAGGCCACAAUAUAUGGGGACAACCUCGAACUGCAGAGGGGACAUAGGGACACGACAAUAGAGGCACGAGAUGACAAAAGGUCACGAAGCCUUUGUGACAAAAAAAAAAACUCGGCUCACCUUAUGCACACGCAGAGAGGGUGGGGAGAGGCGGAGCUCAUCUGCCCAUGGUUUUUAUGCAUGUAUCAUUUGUACUGAUCAUAACAAACAUGUUGGUAUCUCUUUUAUUUCUCCUGUUCUAAUAAUGUCUAAUAAUGUUUAAUGUUAAACGUUACAAAACUGUUAUGACUUCCCAAACCACACAACAAGCUACCACGAGCCCAGGUAGCCACGAGUACCGUAUGGACAAUACGGAUAACCCCAAGGUGCACCCAAACUGCACCACUCCCCCUUGGCGGGGAACUUUGUAUAUAACCUCCCACCCCCCCUCCCAGUUUCCUAUGUCACCCGCACCCGUGUCCAUCAAACCUCACCCCCUAACCUGUGAGAGUACAAAGUCAGAAUCUAUCCUAAUCACCACCUCCAAAAACAAGAUCAUACCCCUCAACCUCAGAGCCAAUGGGAAAGUAGGCCUCAAACACGCAUACAAAUGGCAGUGAAACACCUAUCCCAGGUGCAGCCCCCCCCCCAAACAUGAAAAUCUAUUCCCACAAUACAAGGGGCCUCAACACUCCACACAGGCGUAACAAACUACUGGAAGAUCUCAAACGGGUCAAAGCAGAUCUAGUAUGUAUACAAGAGACGCACUUUGUAAAACUCCGCAUCCCCAAAUUUGGCCUUGCCGAGUACCCCAUACAAUUCCACGCCGCACACACCUCCAAAGCCAGAGGAGUCUCCCUGCUUAUCCACAAAUCCCUCUCCUUUGAGCUGCUCAAGCUGAUCACGGAUGGCCAGGGAAGGUUUCUCAUAGCCCUAUCAAUGAUGUUAAGUACACAAUAGUGAACAUAUAUAGCCCCAACACACAACAAAGAAAUUUCCUCCACAAAGUCCUCUCAAAACUCGAACCCAUCAAAACUGAAAAUACAAUGGUCUGCGGAGACUUAAACCACAUUUUAGACCACACCUUAGACACGUCAUUGCUUACUUCACAAUCCCGCACACAUCACCUCAAACCACAAUGCCAAUCUAUGACAAAACUAAUAAUGGAGUUUAACCUCUACGACACAUGGAGGGCCCUACACCCAACAGAGCGUCAGUACUCCCACCAUUCCCAAGUCCACAAAACACACUCAAGAAUAGAUCACAUUCUCUCCACCGGACCACUCCUCCGGAAAGUACUACACUGUGAAAUAGGAGACAUAGUAUGGUCGGACCAUGCGCCCAACGUCAUGUCCAUAGCAACACAGUUUACAUCCAGAGGGUAUGCCCCCUGGAGAUUGAACGAAUCCCUGCUGCACGAUGAUACCUUCCACAAUAUCAUCCAAAAAGAGCUCACAGAAUAUUUCUCCACAAAUAAUGACAAUGUAACCUCACCCAUAAUGAUUUGGCAAGCUCACAAAUCAGUCAUGCGAGGGCUCCUCUUAAGCCGCGCAUCGUUCCUUAAAAAGCAAGCACAAAAAGAACAAAUUACGAUCCUAAGAGACCUUAGAGACGCCACAGCACAACACUAUAUACAACCUACGGAUACCCUGAUGAAACAAAUUGAGAAUCUGACAGAUCAACUGAACACUAUCGCAAUGACAAAAACGUCGUACAUGAUGCACAAACUCAAAACACGAAACUACACCCAGAACAACAAAACAGGCAAACUACUUGCCACACAACUAAGACUCAAAUACGCCCAAAAUAAGAUCCCAUACAUCUUAACCACAGAGGGGGAAAAAUUGUACAACCCACAGAACAUAGUGGAUGAACUAGCCAAAUACUACACCACACUCCACAAUCUAAAAACAGACGCACAAACACACCAACCCACUACACCUGAGAUCCAAUCCCUCCUAGCAAAGGUAUCCCUACCGCAAAUUCCCCAGAACCAUAUGGAAACCCUGAAAACCCCGAUUUCAGAACAAGAAAUCAUCCAAACAAUAAUGUCACUUCCCCCGGGUAAAUCACCAGGCCCAGAUGGUUUCCCAAACUUUUACUAUAAAACAUACGCGCACACUUUAGCACCACAACUACUCCAAACAUACAAUACGAUGAUCGCACAGGGGACAAUGCCAGCAGAUAUGCUCAUGGCACACAUCACGACUCUCCCUAAACCAGGCAAAAUUCCAAACAAAGGGCAAAACCUACGCCCGAUCUCACUGUUAAAUACAGACAUAAAAAUAAUUGCUAAAAUAUACGCAAAUAGACUAGCUAACAUUCUCCCGGCGAUUAUCCACCAGGAUCAGGUGGGGUUUAUCAAGGGGAGGCAAGGCGCCGACGGAACGCGCAAGGUAAUCAACCUAAUACAGAGCCUACGGGGGAGGGAGCAUGGUGUAUUUCUCUCACUUGACGCCGAAAAAGCGUUUGACAGACUGCACUGGCCCUUCCUCCUGGCGGUCCUGCAGAAAUAUGGAUUCCCAGAUACGUUUAUCUCAAUAGUAAAAACCCUAUACAGCAACCCGACCGCUAAAGUGGUGGGAGGAGGGUUCACAUCCACUCCGUUUGAGAUCUCGAACGGCUCCAGGCAGGGAUGCCCCCUUUCCCCGAUGCUAUAUGUCUUGGCGCUAGAGCCACUUACGGCACUAAUCAGGGAAAACCCAGACAUCCAUGGGGUUCAAAUUGGACCGCGUGAGUACAAACUCACGCUGUUCGCAGAUGAUAUUCUGCUCACACUUACUACCCCCCACAGCUCUAUCCCCGCAUUUCUUCAACUACUACAGGAAUAUAGCAGGUGCUCCUAUUAUAAACUCAACCUAACCAAGACACAAGCCUUAAGCCUAAACACACCCCAACAUACACCUCUAACCAAACAAUACAACUUUGAGUGGAGAUCAGACAAUCUCACCUUCCUAGGACUGACCAUCACACCCACCGCCCUAGGCCUAUAUAAAAGUAACUACCAAAAACUCCUAAAGGAAACCCGAACCAUAUUAACAAGCUGGCGGAAAAAAUACCUCUCAUGGACCGACAGACUAGCUGCCAUAAAAAUGAUAAUCAUCCCCAAAUUCCAAUACCUGUUCAGAACCUUACCUAUCCACCUCCCAACCACAUAUUUCAAGGAAGCACAAAAACUACUCAACCAAUUCACUUGGGACCAUAAGAUGCCAAGAGUAAGUGCUCGCAUCCUUUACCAAAAAACCCCCGAAGGCGGAAUGAACGCACCCAAUCUCCAAACAUACUAUCAGGCAGCCAUCCUAAAUAGCACGAUACUACUUCACGGUCAAAACCUACCCCCCCAAUGGGUAACAAUAGAAAGAGACGCGGUCAAACCACAUGCUCUUAUGGCACUAAUCUGGGCCCCCAAACAAAGCAAGCUACAACACACUACACUACUACCGACCACCGAGGCGACACUACGAGUGUGGGGAAAAAACAAACAUAUAUGUUGCUCACAAACCCCACAUUCUAGAGCAAUGCCACUAUCUGCCAUACCCUCCAUAAUACCGAACUUUAACCACAAAAUAUGGGAACGACAUGGUAUACAUUACAUACAUCAACUGUACCAAGAGAACCGCCUCCUAACAUUCACAGAGGUACAAAACCUCCAUGGACUUCCAACAGCAGCCCACUUCUCCCACAGGCAAUUCCACUCGUGGGUAACAAAACACCAAAGCGAAGUAAAGAUUACGCCCAACGAACCUCCACUAACAUGCUUUGAGAAAACCAUACUCAAACUGAUACCAACACAAAAAACCUUCUCAAUGUUAUACACCAACAUAUUACAGCAUGAUACCACAUUUAGCUACCCCUUCGUCAUAGCAUGGGAAAAAGACCUAGGACAAACCCUCCCCGAAGCAAUGUGGAGGAAGAUAUUCAUUACCCCCAAAAACCUCACACUCAGUGCCAACCAUACUGAAUUAUCCAGAAAAAUCCUAUAUAGAUGGUACUUAGGGCCCACACGCCUCAAACAGAUGUACCCGGAGGCCUCUGACAAAUGUUGGCGUUGCGCCUCGACAGCCGGAUCAAUGAUCCACAUAUGGUGGACAUGCCCAGUACUACAACCCUAUUGGUCCGCACUGACAAAUCUAAUCCAAGCCAGCACAGGCAUCCGCAUACCGCAAACCCCAGACUGCCUACUACUCCACAACUACCCACCAAAACUCCCUAAAACAAUCAGAUACCUGAUCUACCAAAUCAAUAUAGCAGCCCUAACCCUAAUUGGCAGGUCAUGGAAAAAAGCCGAAGCACCAACCAUGCCGCAAUGUACACAAAUAAUAAACGCCACUAAACUCUAUGAAAUAGCAAGCAGAACAGCUUUCUCUACCAAAGCAACCUUUUGGAAAACAGCUUGGCAAAUCUGGGAGACCUACGAAGCCACCCUCCCCCUCCCCACCACACCAUAGCACACAAUCCGAAAACUCACCACCCGAGAUAACUAUUAUAGCGACAGACACUAUGCCACCUGCACGAUCACAGGUAACAAUAAAAAUAUAACAAAUUACCGGGUGACAAAAUACCCCACAAAGCGAAUCUUCAAGACUCCAAACUCCUUCCUCCCUCCUACCUAACCAAAAGAAAGCAAAUACUAAACAACUCGGACUUGGACUCUCAACCCCUGUACUCCCCCCCCUUCAACCCUUACCCUUUCUCCCCAGUUGAUAUACCACUGAAAACUGUUUUAAGUGAACACUAUGUUAAACAUGUAUGUAACCCAACAAGAUGACAAUGUAUUUCUGUACACAUGACAACAACUUGAUUUACAAACUGUACAAGGAAAUGUUCACGGUAAACUUGAAAAAUUGCUUAAUAAAAAAAAAAAAAAAAAAAUGUCCACAAAGGUACAAUAAGGAAUUUGAAUGUGCUAGCAGAAAAGAGAAACACAAUUAAAGGUUCAAAAAUAAUAUCAAUAAAUCUAGGUUAUAAUAAUAUAGAUGCUUAAAGAAAUCACUUUUGUUGGCCUGUCUUGAUCUGAAACCUACACUGAAAAUGGAAUUUUGAAUGAUGUUUUAUUUACCGUCACAGAUAUUGCUGCAUUCCAUUUUCCUUGUUAUUAUAGAUAGCUUAGAAUAAUUUACUUGACCAUUAAAGAUUGCCACCUUGUAAAAAAAAAAAAAAAGAACAGUUUGACAACUUACAUGGGGUCUGCCAGGAUAGGGGCUGUAGUAGGGGAUAGGGCCCAUAGUAAUAUGUGUGUGUGUGAGGGGUUAAGAGUGUGUGAGGGGUGCAGUGUGUGUGAGUGGGCAGUGCAGUAUGUGUGUAGGGUAGGCAGUGUGUGUGAGGGGUGCAGGGUGUGUGAGGGGUGCAGUGUGUGUGUGUGUGUGUUUAUGUGUACAGGAGGCAGUGCUUGUGUGAGGGGUGCAGUGUGUGUGGGAGGGGUGCAGUGUGUGUGUAUGUGGGACAGUGGGUGUAUGGGGUGGCAGUGUGUGUAUGGGGGUGCAGUGGGAGCACUGUGUGUAUGGGGCCACUGUGUGUAUGACACCAGUGUGUGUGUGAGGGUGCAGUGGAGGCAGGGUGUGUGUGGGGCAGUGUAUGUAAGGCAGUCGGGCAGUGUGUGUAUGGGGGUACAGUGUUUGUAUGGGGGAGCACUCUGUGUAUAGAAGUGCAGUGUGUGUAUGUGGGUACAGUUGGGGCAGUGUGUGAGUAUGGAGGUGCAGUGUGUGUAUGGGAGUACAGUGGAGGCAGUGUGUUUGUGGGGGGUAGCUUGUGUAUGGGGGUGCAGUGUGUGUGUGUAUGAUGGUGCAUGGGCGUGCAGUGAAUGUAUGGGGGUACAGUGGUGGCAGUGUGUUUGUGGGGCACUGUGUGUAUGGGGGUGCAGUGUGUGUAUGACAGCGCAGUGUGUAUAUGGGGUACAGUGGGGGCAAUGUGUGUGUGAGUGUGUGUGUGUGUGGGGCAGUGUGUGUAUGGGGGUGCAGUGUGUGUAUGGGGGUGCAGUGUGUGUAUGGGAGUGCAGUGUGUGUAUGAGGGUGCAGUGGGGGCAGUGUGUAUAUGGGGGUACAGUGGGGGCAAUGUGUGUGUAUUUAAGUGUGUGUAUGGGGGUGUAGUGUUUGUAUGGGGGUGCAGUGGGAGGCAGUGUGUGUAUGAAGGUGCAGUGGAGGAAGUGUGUGUAUCGGGGGCGGUGGGGGCAGAGAGUGAAUGAGGGGCUGUGGGGGCAGUGUGUGUGUGUAGUUGGGGGAGGGGGCUGAUUAAAACAAAUAACUUUAUUUUAAUUAAAAUAUAUAUGCUUUAUAUCCCCCCCUCCUUUCUUACCUUUGCUCAGGGAGAAGGGAUAUCGAUUGUGAAUCCCUGGUGAUCCGGUGGAGAAUCCCUGGUGGUUCUAGUUGGGAGUGAACUCUAGCCUGCAGCUCCUAGGGCUAGAGUUCACUCUCAUGAGAACAGAGCAUUGCCGUGAUAACCGCGGCAACGCUCCGAACUCGCGAGAGGAGACCUCAUGGGUCUCCUCUCCCUCCCCCACCGGAUGGCCAGCAAAUUGCCUGCGGCCCAGUGAGGUAGAUCUCUGAUCUCCCCUCCAAUCCAUGAAGGCACCCUGCAUGGACCAGCAAGGGAGAGCCUCAACACUGUUAUUUUCUCAGGGGGGUGGGGAGAGCGCUUCCUGGAUUGAAAUGGACCUUUGGUCCAGUAUCUGAAGUUGGACAUCCUCACACUCUACAUGAGGACAUCCAUUUUCCGAUUUUUCUUGAAUCGUUGCAAAGGAAUAUCAGCGCUGGGGUAAGAUAAGUAACUAAAGGGUUUUUAAACCUUUAUUUACCAGGGAGGGAAAGGGGGGGGUGCAAUUGCGCCUUUAAACAUUUUAUAUCAUUUGGCGAAGAAAACACUGAAGUAAAAGAAGUUGUUUAUUUAUCAAACUGCAAUAAAUCAAAAGCCAGAAGGCAAAACAAGGGCCAAACUAGCUAUGAUUAAAUAAUUAUAUCAACAAAGCUUUGUCGGUCUAAAUUUUGUGAUUUGAUUUUCAGUAUAACAUAAUUUAUAGUGAAUUAAUCUGCUGCUUGUUUCAGAUAACUAAAUUAAAUUAUGAGAAAUGUAAAAAUAUUUUGUUUUAUACUUUUCUUGUAUUGCUUAAAGCAUUUAAAUGAAAAUAUAUUUAGUUUCGCUAUUGCCUGUUGUUCCUAAAUCUAAUUCACAGAUGGCACUCACACACAGGACAUCUUGUACUUACGUCAAAGCACUCUCUACACAUAACAAAUUGUCCUAUCUCUGCAUUGAUUUGCAGUUCUGCUUUCAGAACUGCAGAAAACAUGCUAAAUAGAUUCUGACACUGUAUGAAGCCAAUAAUGGUACUACACUUCAUUAAUAUAAGCCAGAUAAUUUUAUGUAAAAAAAAUAACAUUGAGCUUGAUUUACAACCUGAUGCAGUGUUUUUUAAAUCUGUGUUUAUUUGCUUUGUUUUACAAUUUCACAGGUGUAAAAAAGUAAAAUUUUAGGAGGGGUAGAAGGCUUAAAUGUGGCAUCUCGUGGGGCCAGGUGUUACAUCUCGUUAGCUGUACUAUGUCAGUAAUGAACUCUUUCAUUAUCACUGUUCACCGAUCCCAGCUUAUACUUCCCUAAUUGCGAGGUGGGGAUACGGGAUUGGCGUUGUCGGACCAGGAACAGGACGUAGAAAAGGGGCAGGACCACAUUAGAAAGGGGAGGACCAGCUCAUAAAAUGAGCAUUUCACCGGAAAUGGGAGCAUGUCAGCCUGGUUUGAAUGCAUCAUUCCUUAUUGCUUGGUAUUUGUAACGUUGUAUAUAGCCAGAUGAAUUAGUAAUUUAUUACUAAGACAAAACACACUAGACAUUACUGACAGUUUUAUUGCCAAAAACCUGUGUGGUACCUUCAUAUAGUACAUGUCCUGAAUUGCUAUAGGAGUGCCAGGGUUGGAACAGGGCAGAUAAUUUGUAGCUUCUCCAGGUAGGAGAAUACAGCCCUGAGUCCAUAACAGGGACCUCUGUGAGAUGUCAGUAAACGUGAUAUAGAGAAGCAAUCAAAAUUACUCAGAUCUGGGGGUAUUAUCCAUGUGCAAUAUAUGUCUCAAAGAACCAUGACCACAUCUGUUUUUAGAAGUUUUCAUGGUGGUAGGAAUCUGUAUGGGCACAUACAGAGGUAUUUUGUGACUUAGUAACACCCUGGCACAUGUGACUUAGGUAACCUGGAUCUCUGUUAUGGACUACCUAAUGUCUAUGAUUCCUGAGCAGAUCCUAGUAUAGGUUUCAAAAUGGAGCGUUAUGGGUGAAAUGGCAGUUUUCUUUCUUUUGCCAAUAUUUUUUACAUUUAUUAAAUAUAAAUGUUUUAUAUUUCAGUGACUGACACCACCUCCAGUGUUUCUAUAGCUCAAAUACAAGCAAUUGUUUAGCUCUUUUGUAGAAAAUCUAAAGGAGCAUGUUUCCCUGUAGGUGUCUCACCACUUCCUCUUGGGUGAAAGGAGAUGUUGCUUGAGGUUUUUACAUGUUUUACAAGAGCCAUACAUUUAGUAUCAUGAAAAAAGUAUUUUUUUUUUUGCAUGAUGUCUGACAAGGUGGCAAAAUCAUCUUUGAGUUUAGGGAUGCCUGGCAGUACAGCACGCUUUUGUUUCCGACUUUCUUUUCACCGACACCCUGACUCGUGUAGUUGUCAAGCUUUGUGCACAGAGGUGGGGUUAUGAUUUCUUGGUGAUUAACUGGACUUUGGUUUGGACCCUAACCCCAAAUGUUUCUGGAAAGUAACAAAAUUCUGUAUAGUAUGCCAUUACUCUGAGUUGGGGCUGCAAUAUCGCCUUCGUUCUUCUACAUUUCCUGUUGCCCUGUCUAUUGCACCUUCUGGAGAAUGGCCCCUGAUUUGUCUCCUGUUUUUUGUCUUGACCAUGUCUCUCAUACACGGUUUAUUAUAAGAAUCUUUAACCCUCUGAAAUCUGUUAGCCACUAUAGAGAUAUGUGCUUAAAUUGAAAUAAUUUUAAUCAGCAUUAAAGUAGUUAAGUCACCCCAUAUGUAAAAUAAGUAUUUCAGAAAGAUAAAAAUACUCAUAUUGACGGUGUUAGAAUUUCAAACCAGUCAAAAUAUAUACUAAGAUAAAGCAGGUACUAGUUUGUCUCAAAUUUUCCUCCCUUUCCUCUGAUUGACAAAGCUUGACAUAAGGCAGAGCUACCGCUUGUCAAGCUUGUUUCUUCCCCCAGCCAUCAUCAGUGAUGACUGUAGGAAAAAAAAGGUCUUUCUAUGGAUCUCAAUGCUGCACUCUCACGCAUGCAUGCCCUGACAUAAGCUCCUGUAGGGCCAGGAGCUGAAGAGGACCAGAUUGAAGAGGAUGGUGAUGCCCAUGAGGGCAGGUUCUGGUAAAAUAGCCUAUCUUCAGAAAAACUCAAGCCGCCCACGGCUACCAGACCCCCAGCAGCGAUGUCCUCAUUGGGGGUCUUUGCAAAGAGCCUUGAAAUACACUGAGCAUAAAAAUGUAAAACUUCAAAAUAAGGCUUUAUAGUUAUAUUAGUUAUACAUUAAAUCUGAUUUAUGAAGGGAAGGUAGGUGAUAUCUGCUAAAGCUAAUUGUUGAUUAUAUGAAAUAUAUGAACAGAUAAAUUAUAUGAAUUACGUACUUGACUACCAAGAUCUGAUCACCAAAGAUGAAGCAGGAAAAUGCACACUGGAUUGCUCUGUAGGUGGCGAAUUCAUGGGGAACGCUGCAAGUGAAAAUAUGGCAGGAACGGAAGAAUAUUCUUCUAACACUCCUUAACCACCCAUAUAUUGGAGCGACUCUGAUGUAGUGGUUUUCCUUUAGAGAUCUUCUCCAAUUGACCUCCUGCCAGGUACCACUGUUCCUGCUAUCUUCUAAUUUAGACUCUUCACCUGGGGCUUGCAUUCCUAGGGGAAGGCUCUGUUGUGCAAAUGGCCGCUUUUGGGGCCCACACAUACGACAACGCUUGACCCGCUCCUCCAGAAUGGGAUGUGCACGUCAAUGGAGAGAUUUACGAUACUUCAGACAUUACUGCUCUCUCCUGAGAAAACAAGACCUACACAACUCGAAACCCUAUGUCUACAAGGCAGUGUGUGAGAAGAGGCAUAUUUACCCUCUAUAAAUAUCAAAACAGCAAAAUUUAUGGAACGUUGGGAAGAUGACCUCGAAACUGUAUUCUCGGAGGAACAAUGGCUAAACAUGUGCAUUGUUCUUCCAUCAUCACCUCCAUUCUGGAAACUAAUAAGUUCAUAUAACAGUGGUACCACACUCAUAUUCUACAUAAGUUAUUUUCCAUGAGUGCCAAAUAUUUGCUGGAGAAGCAGCACGGAAAUAUGCACACUGCUCAGCAUAUGGUCGUAAUGCCUGAUAAAGCCUUUCUGCUGUCUGGUUCUUCUCCCUACCUCUAAAUUAAAACAAUCUUUCACAAGGCAUUUCCUCAAAGCAUCUAGAGUACUGAUCCUGACCCUUGCCCUCUAGAAACACAAGACUCCUCUAAGCUUAGGGCACUGGAUAGCCAAGAUGGUGGAAAUUAAAAAUACUGCUCCGCAUAUGGUCGUAGUGCCCGAUAAUAAAGCCUUGGUUCAUGAGACUAUGACAUUGAUUGUGGGUGAUGGGGCCCAGGUUGCCGUAAUCCUGAAGCUAUGCUGCUAAUUCAUCUCUUUGUCAAGAGUACUGACCCUUGCCCUCUAAAAACACACAACCGGUGGGGCGGGGCCUGACCGCCGACGGGAUCAGACGUGCCUUGUCUGAGCUCCCGCUUCAGGGCCGAAAAAUCGGCGAAAACCGGAGGCCAAACCUAACCAGCGGUCCAUAAUGGCGACCAAACUGACCCCCAGCUGAUGGGGAACGCGGGGAUACCUCACAAGACCCUGCCUGGCAACAACAGUGACCCGACAAGGGCCCGAAGCAGAACGGAGCUUGAGCCGGGAUGGGACGGCCGCCCUCCCGGGUCUCCAGCCGGCGUCUGGCUCCCCUCCCCCCCUCUGGACCGGGGGGGUCAUCCCGGUCUACAAGGGCAACCACUGGGGCACAAAUCCGGGCCCAGAACAACCACUCUGCCGUGGAACACCUACCGAGCGGCACCCCACAAGAUGGCCGCCGCUCGCAUGCCAUGUGCGCGACCGGCCAGCAUGACAGAGCCGAUCGCAGAGAGGACCACCCAGCUAGAACAAAGCAAGUCUGGGGACAAAAACAUCUACCACAGCAGGGGAAAGAGUGGGGCUGAAAGAGUUACUAACCCUCUGACCGCAACCGACGACCCCUGGGGGAGCUGUGCUCUCACGCCGCAUGAUGCUUCUACCAGCCACCCUUCCCAAGCAACAACAAGCUUGUUAGCUCUGCACUCGGCUACAGAUCAAGCCUGGAAGGAGAAGCCCAACUACCACCCAGAUGAGUACCCUAGACACCUGUGAAAGCAUGUGGAUCCCUGUCAUUGUGCAUUGAGCAGGACUACUAUGUCUCCCUGUCACAGCCCACAAGUCUGAAGUUAACCCAUCCUAUAGGCCAGCACAGAGACAACCACAGCCCAACUUUACGCGGGCUUUACAAGGGACUACAGUUUUAACUUUACCUCUUGCUGCCUAAGCCCCAGUAUUCUUUGCUAUACACUGCUACAGUAUUGCCUUUCCUACAUAUGUUAAAUGGCAACGAUCUGCUAAGCUCCAGUGGUCCUAACUAAGCUUUUGACUAGCCAAUAUGUAAAACAAUAAUUCCUACUUAAAACGUAAGCUUUUGUCUAGUCAGCAUGUUAAACAAUAAUUCUUACUUAAAACGUACUAAUCGUGCAUUGCAUAACAUAAUUGAAACGUAUCCUCAGAGGCUUCACCACGUGUGUCUGACAUGAUUCUUCAGUAUCAGUGUGCUAGGCAUCUAUGCAGAUUUAAUAUUAUAUUGUCUUGUCUAGAUGCCAAACAUGCAGUAUAAAUCUGUUAUGUCUUACACCAUGAUAGACACACUAGUUCAGCGUGGUCCUAGCCUUCCUCAGAUAUAGCAUGUUUACCUUAUCGCAUGAUACACCCAGCAUGUAUUGUUAACCUGUUGUAUAUUACUUUAAAAAAUGUGUGCAGUCACUCCAUAUACCAUGUCAAAGUUACACAAUGUUUGAUGCUUGAACUACUUGCCAAUACUGUCGUGGUAUCGCAAGUCUGUAUGUAAACGCUUGCACAACAAAAAUAAAGAAUAAUAAAAACACACAACCCAUCUAAGCUUAGGGCAAUGGAUAGCUAAAAUGGAGGAGAUUAAAAAUAUGGAGGCAAUGACGGCGGCUCUAUAUGGCAGAAAACCGAACAGAAUGAAACCAAAUGUCAUUGUCAUUGCUUUUCUUGUUUCAUUCAUUUUAUGUUCAUUCAUGUUGUUGUUUUUAUGACGUCAUCAAAAAGGACAACAAAAUAAAUAAAGAUUGUAAAAAAUAAAUAAAUCACGUUUUGAUCACCUGUAUGAGCAAAUAGGCAGUGUUUGGGAUUCUAGUUGAUUGAUUUCAAUUUUCUAAAGCUAAUGAGUUUCAAGAGCAUUGUCUUAUGUUGUUUUUACAUUAUGGGAUGUGUGUGCCUGUUUGUGUAAAAUAAAUGAAAUGUAUAUUAUCCAUAUAAUAUUAUGGUGUUGAGUAAAUGUAUAGGGGUGCACUCUGCAGUAUUCCAUAACAAUUUUGUCAAUAUUAUUGAACACCAUCCUUCUCACACCCACCACCAAUCAUAUGUUUACGACACAGCCCAUAUCUCUUUAAGACAUCCAUGAAAGGUAACUAUAAAUCUUAUGCAUUAAAUGGGUCCACUGUGCACACAAACACAGGUUAUUAACUCUUGCUAUAAAAAUGGCAGGGGGUUGAAGAGAUGAUGAGAUACUUUACUGUAGAUACAAGCUCAUCACAAGUACAGAUUUUAAACUCAUGAGGAUUUUCCCCAAUAAACAGUCAUUUAUGGUGAAUCAACAUCACAUAUAUAAAAUUUAGGCUUAAACCAACGUGAGAAACCUCUAUAAAUCAGCCAUGUAUGCAAUGUGGUUAUGUAAGCAUAUAUUCUGCAACCUGGUUGUCAACACAUCACAGUUUAUUGGAUAAAGAAAUUCACCGCUCUUUGUAAUGUGAGUUAACAAAUAGUAAAUAGAAAUAUGUUCCUCAAACCAGCAAUCAAAAUGACCAACACUCUCACCAUUCUCAUAAUGGGGUGGGAAUCACAACUGCUGGAUCCUUUAUAAAAAUCUAAUUUAGUUCUCCACCAAACUAUAAAGUAAGAUAGAAAAUUCAUAUUGCCAGACUUAUACUUAAACAUUAAAGUACUAUUAUUCUUCAUUCAAUUUCUUAUGCAUGCAUAUAGAUCUGUAAGAUGGAGGUUUGCAUAAAUGUUGCUGGGUCUAUAGCAGUGUAAAUGUUUUAUCACGUGUAUGUGGAGAUCAUUUUAUCAAGGGCCACAAUGACAAGAUAGGACUCGAUUUAUUGUCAUGGGAAAAAAGAAGGUACGCGCUCUUUGAAUUCUGUGUUUUUACAUAUCAGGUCAUAAUAACAAUAAUCUGUUCCUUACCAGGUUUUAAAAGUAGGUAAAUACAACCUCAGCUGAACAACAACACCUAACAUAUUACACCGUGAUUUUUUUAACAAAAAUACAGCCGAAAUGGAGAAAUCGUGUGUGGAAAUCCAAGUGCACCCUUACUGCGUCCAUAGGAAUUAAAUAGCAGACAGGUGUUACUAAUCAAAUAAUAAGACAAAAAUUAAUUAGGUAGGCCUAAAAUUAAUGGUGUAAAAAUGAGAAAAAAGACAGUGAAAAGUAGAAAUACCAAUAACAAAAAGCAAUAAAAAGCAAAAAGACAAUAAAAAUCACCUUUUCAGUGACUUUCUUUUGGGAAUCAGAAAGGUGCUACUUCUUCAACUCGUGAGACCAAAAAGAAAAAAACAAGAGAAAAAAAAAAGAGAAAAAAAAACUCCAAUGGUGUAGUAUGUCACAAACAAGUAAUAGGUAGUAUCAAGACGUAAUCAGUCUACUCACAUAUUGUAGAGCUAAUACCAGCUCUGGUGUAAUGCGCAUUCAGUGGUGUUGAUCCCCCACUGGUAGGAUUUCAGUGAUGAUACUUCCAACAGGUUAUUCAAGGCAAGGUGUCCCAAAAGGAGAAAGCAAGGAGAAAUAGUGCUCUCUGUAUAAAACUGGUUAAAACAAACAAUAAUAGAAGAGGUCUUAUACUCACAUUUGAUUUAGUGGGAACUACUUCUCAAGUAUUAGGCGUAGGUGUUUUAAUCCCCACCUGGGAUUCUUUGGUGAGUUCUUCUCCAAUGGUGUAGAUAAGUGACCAGGUUAAAAAAAAAAAAUAUAUAUAUAUAUAUAAUUUAAAAUAAAAUGAACUAGAAGUAAAAGGUAUAUGGCAUAGAAAAGUAAAAUAGCCAAUAUGCCUUUAAUAAACAAACCAAACGUGUUUCACCAACACAGGACUUCAUCAAGUGGUAAUAAAACAUGUAAACCGGCACAUAGAGGUAUAUUUAGAGAGUACAUGCAAUUACAAUUUCACAAUUUGGCACCAUAAUGACGUCAUCAGCAUGAGACAUGAGAUUUAAACAUGUAAAAAUAAGUAAGUUCAAAUGGUAAAAUUAAGAUACUUUUAAAAACAUUAUAAACAGGUAACUAGGUCCUUUAUUUAAAAAAAAAACAAAAUGUGGAAUGGAAGAUUGUGUAAUAUAAGUUAAAAAAGCUGAUCAAGUGAUGCACAAUUAUGAUGUUGCACUAUGUGGGGAGGGUUAUGGGGUGUCAUGGGCUGCAGAUAGCAACCCCUUUAGGAGACCUGGCUGGAUUUGAACUCACAACUCCAGCAUCCCAGUACAUAGCUCUACCAUGCUGUCCACCAGGGGUCUUCAGUAUCUACUGGUAUUUGUCUGCUUCCUGACUCCUUGCCUGGAUGGAGCAGUGCUGAUCCACCUGCAGCCUCUUAACAAUUAGAGUCAGUUGCUCCUAAUCAGCAGGCUGUAAAAGCCAGCUCUGCCUGAGGCCUGGUAUCUAGUUGUUUUGUUUUUUCCUGCCGGAUCUUUGUUACUCUGCUGACUGAUUCCUGGACUCUGACCUCUGCCUGCCUUACUGACUCCGCUACUCCGCUGCCAGCCCUGACUUCUGCUUCUCAUCGGACCCUGCCUUUGGAUUACCCCUUCAUCUGUACUGCGCUUUGUUUUUUUCCUCCUCCUUGUGCCAUCUCCUGCACCUGAGCUCCAACUCCUGGUAAACUGUGACAUAACAACCAGAUCCUACGAUGGAGCCUGCGGAGAUGAUGGAUGUUCUGAGUACCCUCACACAGCAAGUGACCCUCCUGUCCCAAACUUUAAGUGAAUUGCAGAGUGCCUAUGCUGAUUGAAAGGGAACACACACCAUGUCCCUGAACCUGAUGUUGCAUAGCCUGAAAGAUUCACUGGUCGCAGGACUUCCAUACACUCCUUUAUCACAGACUGAAAUCCUAUUUGUACUUAAACUUCAUAACUAUGCUGUUAUCCGGACUACCCAAGACCUGGGCUCAUCAACAGCUGUAUGCCAAAAGCCCUGUCUUGGAAACCUGGGAGUCCUUUGCUACAGGCUUGACAUCCUUGUACGAGGACCCCUUCCAUGCCUCCACAGCUCGGACUUCUCUCCAUUCCCUUAAACAAGAAAACUGUCUUGUGGGGAAUUACAUCACAGAGUUCCGUGGCUUAUCAGACUCUGGACUUAAUAAAACCGCCCUAGUGGACCAAUUCUGCAUUGGAUUAACUGAAACCCUUAAGGAUGAACUGGCACGAGUUGGAGCUCCAACCUCCCUGGAAAAAUUAAGCUGGAUCUCCAGUUCAAAGAAAGAAGGCAAGAGUGAUUUGAAACAAACACUCUGCCCGAUCAACGCGCCAAACCUGCUAUCCCCACCAUGGACAUAGAGUAACCCAUGCAGAUUGGAACACUGUCAUGCUCAUGGUAAAUGAAAAGGCCAGAAAGCAAGCCAAAGAUCUUUGCUUCUAUUAUGGCAAGGGAGGCCACUAAAUCAGCUAUUGCCCGGUACGUCCUCCUCGCCCUAAACAUGGCCAUGCGGGGACUCUGUGUCGCCCUCCUGCAAGUCCUCCAUGGCACCUUAAUUGUUGUUGCUCAACUCUGCAUGCUACCCGACUGAAAAGACCACCUAACCAGACCAUUGGCACCAUCAUGCUCCCAGCUAAACCUGCUCCUGUUCCAGAGCCUCAAAAGGAGGCUGCUGUGGCUACCUUCCAAUUCUCAACCUCUGACUCCCCUAACGUUUCCUGCUCCAAAGCAGAGACUCUGUCCCCAGACUGUGUAAUUGCCUACAAUGGAACCCUAGGAUCCCCUAGUUGAAGCCCUGACACUUGGGGCCCAGAGGUCACCCCUUGUCAUAGUGCACCCCAAACCCUGCAGACAACAAGGCAUGGCCGCCCCUUUUACACACCUGGCUGAAUUUUAACUCACAGCUCCAGCAUUCCAGUCAGGCUCUCUACCAUGAUGUCCACCAGGGGGCUUUAGUAUCUACCUGUUUGUCUGCUUCCUGACUACUUGCCUGGAUGGAGCAGUGCUGAUCUACCUGCAGCCCCUUAACAAUUAAAGUCAGCUGCUCCUAAUCAGCAGACUGUAAAAAACAGCUCUGCCUCAGGGGCCUGGUAUCUGGUCGUUUUGUUUUUUCCUGACGGAUCUUUGUUACUCUGCUGACUGAUUUCCUGGACUCUGACCUCUGCCUGCCUUACCGACUACAAUACUCCGCUGCCAGCCCUGAUUUAUGCUUCUCGUCUGACUCUGCCUUUGGAUUACCUCUUCAUCUGUACUGCACUUUAGUUUUUGCCUCCUCCUUGUGCCAUCUCCUGCACCUGUGCUCCAACACCUGGUAAACUGUGACAUAAGGCAAUUUCCAAACAAGUCCAUCAUUCUACAGUGAGAAAGAUUAUUCAAAAGUGGAAAACAUUCAAGACAUCUGCCAAUCUUCCCACGAGUGGAUGUCCCAACAGGUUCACUCCAAGAUCAGACCCUGCAAUACUUAGAGAAAUUGCAAAAAAAAGAGUUACAUCUCAGACUCUACAGGCCUCAGUUAGCAUGUUACAGUACAAUUAGAAAAAGAUUGAACAAGUGUGUUUUUUUUUUUUUUUUUAUUGGAAGAGUUGUCAGGAAAAAGCCUCUUCUCAUGGCAGCAUGGCUUAUGUUUGCGAAGUUGCAUCUGAACAAGCCACAAGACUUCUGGAGCAGUGUCCUUUGGACAGACGAGACCAAAGUGGAGAUGUUUGGCCGUCGUGCACAGCGCCACAUUUGGCAAAAACCAAACUCCGCAUACCAGCAUAAACACCUCAUACCAACUGUCAACCACAGUGGUGGAAGAGUGAUUUGGGCUUGUUUUGCACCCACAAGACCUGGAAACCUUGCAGUUGUUGAGUCAACCAUGAACUCCUCUGUAUAUCAAAGUAUUCUAGAGUAAAUUAUGAGACCAUCGGUCCGAUAGCUAAAGCUUGGCCAAAAUUUCUUCAUGCAACAGGACAAUGAUUAAAACACACCAGCAAAUCUACAACAGAAUGUCUGGAAAAAACUAAAGAAUCAAGGUGUUGCAAUGACCCAGUCCAGACCUCAACUCAAUUGAAAUGGUGGAACCUUAAGAGAGCUGUGUAUACAUAAAUGCCAGCAAACCUCAAUGAACUGAAACAAUGUUGUAAAGAAGAGUGGGCCAAAAUUCCUCCACAACUAUAUGAGAGGCUGCUAAAGUCAUAGAGAAAACGAUUGCUUCAAGUUAUUGAUGCUAAUGAUGGUUCUACAAGUUAUUGAAUCAUAAGGUGUUUUUCACACUUGGCUUCUCCAUUUAUGCUUUAUUUUUGUUAAAUAAAUCAUGACAUGGUGUAAUAUGUCAUGUGUGUGGUUUUCAUUUGAGGUUGUAUUCACCUAAUUUUAAGACCUGCUAAUGAACAUAUGAUUAUGUCCUGAUAUAUAACUGAAUGCAGUGGGUGGCUGCGAUGCGGGCCGGUGCAAGGAUUUUUGGGUACACAUUCGAAGAUGAUUUUGGAACCCCCCCUCCCAAAAGCAUCUUCACCUGUGUGCCUCUUAACCCGCCUUUUGAUUUUUAUCCCCUUUUUAAAAAUGUUUUACCCCCUUUAGUGUCUUAUGCCCUAUUUUUUCCCCAUUGUGUCUUACACCUGCUUUGUGUUUCUUACUCCCCCAUCCUCUGUGUCUCCUUCUCUCCCAGACCCUUUGUGUCUUUUACUCAGCUCCUUUGUGUGUUUUUCUUUCACCACCAGCCCGUCCAUCUCCCCCAGCCCCUUUUGUGUCUCUUUUUUUUUUCUUCUCCAGCCCCUCUGUGUCUCAUUCACCCCCAACCCCUUUGUAUUUCCACCCACAGGCUCUUCUGUGUGGCGCUUUCAUCCCCUGCCCCUCUGUGGACUUUCUCAGCCCCAGGCAAAUCUGUGUGUCUUUCUCCCCCCUCAUGUACCUCUGUGUGUCUUUCUCCACUCUCCCCUCCAUUUCACUUAGUGUUCCUCCCCCCUCCCUUCCCUGUCCCUUAGUGUUAUUCUCUUCUCCCUCUCCUUUCCCUUAGUGUUUGUAUUCCCUCCCCCUUACCUGUCUCUUCGUGCCUCCCAUUCCCCUUAAUGUCCCUCCCCCCCCCCCCCCCAUCUUAGUGUUCCUCUCCCUUCUCUUUUAGUGGUCCCCCCACUACCCCAGUGUUCAAUAUCCUUCCCCUCCCCUGUACCUUAGUGUCCCCCCAAAUGUUCACCCCCCAGUGUUCUUCUCCCCUGUCCCAUAGCAUUCUUGUCUCCCCUUUCCUGUCCCAUAGCGUUCUUGUCUCCCCCUUCCCUGUCCCAUAGCAUUCUUGUCUCCCCCCUCCCUGUCCCAUAGCGUUCUUGUAAACUGUGUAAACCCUUCCCUGUCCCACAGCGCUCUUGUCUCCCCCUCCCCUGUCCCAUAGCGUUCUUGUCUCCCCCUCCCAUGUCCCAUUGCGUUCUUUCCUCCCCUCCCACAGUUCCCCCCCAUAGUUUUCCUUCAGGCUCCUAUACUCGGCCGGACUGACAGAAAGUGCUCUCUCAGUAAGUUCCUGUACCGCAGGCCGCACUACUCCGCUUGGCCACGCUACACAGAGUGACUGGCAGGAGGAAGUGCUGUGCGGCCACCUCCUGCCGGUCACUUCAAUAUAGCAUCCCCCGCGCCGAUGUACCCUAAUGUGGCCAAUUGUGCCACCUUAUUGAAGUGCCGGCCCUUGUGAUCUGUGCCAUGUUUAGCAGGACACAUUCAGAGGUCUUGUGGAGUCCAUGCCUUGAUGCAUCAGAGCUGUUUUGUCAGCAUGAGUGGGACCUACACAAUAUUAGGCAUCUGGUUUUAAAGUUGUGACUGAUCAGUGUAUAAUCUCAGAUUGGAGACUUAAAGCAGGAAAGGACCUGAUUCUAAUAUUUACCAUACCAGUCUGCUACAAACGAAAGCAUUUUAUAGGUUUAAUAAAUGACUCAAUUGAAACUUCAUUCUACACAUUGUCCCCUCAAGGUAUAAUGUUUGUACAAAAAUUCCACAAGGAUAAAGCAUUGGCUGACACAUUGUCCUAACUAAACACCACUAAAAUGUAUUGAUGCCACUGUGCUAAUAUUUGCAGAGGGGCCUUUUAGUCAAUCACUGUGUCCGCUGGACACACAUUGAUUUGUCAGUGAGUAAAUUAAUCUUCUUCCUAGCUGCAAUCAUACAUGCUGUUAGGGUUGAGCUAUUCAUAUAGCAAAUUCUCAGCCAUAGUUGUUUAAAAAGCAGCGUAGUUGAUUUGCUUAUUAGUUGCAAUCCAGCUAUUAUGGCCUAUAAUUUACAUUUCCAACAUAAAGGCUCCACAAUUGAAGAUUAUGCUAGCUUUAGUGUACUAAUAAUGUUAAUUUUAAUAAUGACAGGAGGCGAGUAUUUUGCAUAUCUCUCUUUACUAACUCCAUACAGCAAUAAAGAAACACAUAGAAAAAAGAACCAAUCACAGGAGAGCAGGAUGUACACAAGGCAAUGUGACCUUAUCAUUUCUUCUUUCAGAAAGCAUUACAAGCAGAAGUAAUUAUAUAGCAAACAAUAAAACUACUAAUAACUCCAAGUUCCCAUGUGCAAAGGAGCAAACUUCCAAAGAAUUCUAUACGAACAACGAAAAAGAGUUCAGGGUUGAGACAAAUCCGAAGGAUAAAAUCUCCAAUAGUUUCACGUGAACUGCCAAUUAUCUUCAGAGACGAAUCAUACUGAAAAGAGAAUGUGUGACAGGUUUAGACAUGGUCACGAACAUGUAACUCCAAUUAAAGUACCACCUAAUAUCCCAUUGGAGAAUAUAGUAACUAUAAUCUGAUAACGGAGUAAUUGUAAUGAGAACUCUAAUGAGGAUUCCAUAUUAAUGGAAGUACGAACAUAUCAUAUAAGCACCAAUGUGAGAGGCAAACCUACCUUAGCACCUGAUAUCUGCAAAGCAAACGAAUAGAAAGGGUGGGCAGCGAAGUAGGGGGGGAAAUACUCGCCUCCUGUCAUUAUUAAAAUUAAGAUUAUUAGUACACAAAAGCAAGCAUAAUCUUCAAUUUUACCACAUGACAGGAGGCUUCGUAUUUUGCAUUUUUAACGCUGAGAAAAGAGUAUAGAACUAAAUAAGAGUCCUACGGUGUGCCAAGAGACCCAGUAUUCGGCAUUGUGGGGAGGUCUUCCCCGCUGAGCGCCCACGUAUACACCAUCUAAUGAGAAAUUAUACAAGACCAAGUCUGACCAAUUGUCAGCAGGAUGUUUAGUCCCGUAGAGUGAAAGGAGAACAACCUCCACAACUCAUAAGCUGGAGAGGUAUGACAUUGGGUAGUUGGUAUCCUAGAGGAUCCUAGUCCCUUGGGCGUCCUCAGGUAGUGAUACCGGCUGCAGUUCCGUCUCCAUCCUCACAUAAGGGAUCAAGAUGCAGGACUGAACCAGACAGGCUGGGAAUGUCCCGAUGUAGGGGUAGGGUCUGGGUUCCCAGAUUCUCAAGAGGUCCCCGGCAGCCUGCGAUCAUCCGCUGACCUGCCAAGAAACCUCCAAAGCGGGUCCAGGUCCCCAGGUAGCCGACCCUCCUGGAAUAGAAGAUGUGAGUACCCUACGGCUCCAUGAGGAAUUGUUUGUCAUGAAUGUAGCAGGAGAAGAUCCUUGCCUGCUCGAGAAUUACUGUAGACCUUGUAAGCAUGAGAAGCAUAAGUCCUCCAGGGAGGUCCGGUCGGACGGAGCGCAAUCACCAUCGUGCCUCGACUUAUACUGUGACGAGUGGUAAUAUCCAAAUCAGUCGGCCCCUAUGAGAUGUGUCUCCCCCGGGAGACUGGUUGAUCUUCUGUGAAGAAGACGGGGAUCGAAGGAGCCUACAUGUUGUCUGAAAAACAUGAGUUGGUCCAUCGCGGUGGAUGUGAAACCUGACCGCCUAAUCUGUGGUUAACUGCAGUAUGGUGCAGCCGAUGUAGUACUUCUUUAUCCAUCCAUGUAUUGUGAAGUAUAGGACCAAGAAGUCUAGGUAUACAACGUACAGGGCCACGGUGGUGCCGCGGAGAGUCGUACGAAUAUUCCCAAGUUGUGGAAUAGUCUACAAAUCCUCUGAGCGAAUAUUCUUCUACAAAAGGUUCCAGCCGGUUCUCGGAUGAACGUGGAUGUUGACGAGUUUUCAGUUCACUGGAGUGAUCUGAAUGAGGUUUUCCCGGAAGAGAGUGUCUUGUUUUCCCCGCCUGUAUUCAUUACUUCUUUUUGUAGUUUUUCAGGGCCCACCAGGCUCCGAGCUACUGGAUCGGGAAGGAGAGGAUAUCCCCUGAAAACUGGGUAAGGUGGUCGAGCAGGAAGCAAGAAACCGUCCUGACGUGUCUUUAGGUCCUGAACGCAAGUCGGUUGACUACGUGAAAGUGGUCUUCCCCAGGAUUGAGUGCCCUUCACCUAGAUGUGGUGAAAUCCCCUGUGGAUGUAGUAGGAGGUAUAUUGAUGGUAUCUGUGCGUACUGUGCUCUCUCCGCUUAUCUGGAGCACCAUUGGUUGACACUAUCGCUCUAUAUGGGUAAUAGAGCCAGCGGUAGCGGAUCUCGGGUCUAAUGUCCCAAAGUGGUCGACGACCGGCUCUGUUGCCAACUGGUUCCAAAGAAUCCCUUGUAAAGGUAAUCGCAUACCACCUCCCUCCUAGGGGUUUGGGCCCUUAUGAAAGCCAUGGGACCCUUGCAUGUCUAAUAAGUUCCCUUCGGAACUUUGUGCCUUGUGUCUGGGGUUCCGACUAUCUUGGCGCCCAGUACCGCCAGCCAUCCGCCAGUGCGGAGGAGUGCUGCUAUGGGCAUCCUAUGGGAGAGGCCAACACUGGGAUUGCCUGCGAGGAGCAGAAACAGUUUUUUGAGUCCAUAUACACAAGUUGUAUGCCCGUUCCCGGACGAUGUUUGGCGGCGUCCAGCAUCGCCCAUGGUAAGGUCGUGAAUCCUGAGAGACCUCCUCCGUUGGUCACUAUAGUCGUCUGAGCCGUUCUGACCAGCAUGGAAGGGCAUGGGUUUGUCCGACCAUCAGCGGAUAUGGACAUUCUAAGCAAGAGGCUGCAAAGCCACAAGUGCAUAAUGUUGUCAUGUAGGUUUAUCGUAGUAAGGUAUACCCCUGUGUAAGGCACAAACCAGUAGUCAGGCACAGGAUGCAGGGCAAACAGAUCAGUCUACUAUGACAGUAGGCAGUGUUCACGGAAACCCUUGUGGGUCUAUUCCGAAUUGUGGCCAAACAAAACAGACUGGGGCUCACCCAGUACAUAGAGGUUGCCAUAGCAUUGCCUCCGUUAAGCAGCACCGUGCAGCGCACGUAUAUUGGGGGCUCACACCGGGUGCACAGGGUAUCAACCCUUAAGUGCUGGCCAUCGCCCUGAUAGAGAGUGUCAGUCACCUCUUCCAUUAUUAAAUUCACCACAAGGGAAAUAUAUAUCGUUAAGUAGGUGGCUCGGAACUCCUGUUCAGCAGUUGUAACCGCAUGCCAUUUUAGUGCAGUGCACGCCUAGCCGGGCCCUGUGCAUUGGGCGUGGGCCUUUAACUGCAGGCCGCAGAAUAGGUACAGGGCAUAAACCCGUACCAUAUCAUGAUUCAUUAUCAAUGGAGGUAUUCCUUCAGCUGUAGGUAGAGGCUGUUGCUGUAAAACUUCCUUCGGUUGGGUAGUGUGACUCGCCUAUCGUAGGGGUCUCACCCCAAGAGCACCGGGUCUGCACCUGUAAGUGCCGGUCCCAGAUUCGAAGUUUGGAUUUUCAAUGCUCGAGCUCGCUGUUGAGAGGGGUAGGAGUAGAAGCAGCAGUGCUGUAGGGGGCUCACCCCAGUUGCACAGGGUAUGAACCCAUCAGUGCUGACCAUCAGCCUGAUAGAGAGUGUCCUACAGCUCUAUCAAUAAUUAAUGCACUGCCAUGAGGGAUAUACUGCACUGAAGCUUGCGACUCUGUCCCCUUUUUUGCCGAAUAGAUUGGCGUAUACCUAGUCAGAGAUCACCUCAGGUGCGCACUGUAUGUACCCGUCAAGCGUGGGUCGCGGCCAAAUAAAACAGACUGGAUGAGAGCACAAUCCGUUUCAUUGUGUGCAAUGCACCAUGCAGACCCCACCAGGGUGUAGUAGUGUGAAAUUUAUUGUGUGCAAUUUAUUGUCUCAAAGUAUCAAAACAACCCCAGCAGGGUGUGUGAUAUGGGGUACCCCAGCAGGGUAUCUGUUGUAGUGUAAAUAAUGCCAGUGGACCCCAGCAGAGUCUGUAUAAAUGACAGUAAUGUGUAAUAACCCCAGCAGGGUAUUCUGUAUCUGUCACAUAGUGUUGUCAAAUUGUCCCAGCAGGGCAAACCACAAUAUUGGGAUUUGUAUAACUGGGCCUCACCCAGGAUCACAGAGGUGGCCACAGGGCUACCUCUAAAAAGCAGCACGGUAAUAGGGGUAGCACCCCAUGCAGGCACAGGGUAAUAAGCCCUUUAGUGACUAAUAUGGCAGUAAUGAGACAAAAAGUGACUGACCUCUGAGGGAUAAUAGGAUAUAGCACUAGCUCUAAGCUCCGUCGUCGGUCGUGUUCUGACAGGUAGUCUUAAGUGAUAGGGGUCAUCCCUUUUAGCAUCCAUUACCAGACAUAGAGUCUUGCUGUAGAUUCCUGAACCCUGCUCCAGGUGAUAUCCCUUCAAAUCUCCCAUCACUGAUAUGUACUUAUCCAUUACCAUCUUGAUAAUCUGUGUCCAAGGGUGCUAUCCCUUAAAGGAAUUCAAGGAUGGUAUCCCUUUAAGGAUUUGGUAUCCCUUUUAAGUAGUUCCAGAGUGGUAUCCUUUUAAGGAGUUCCCUAUAAGGGUCCCAGAAUGGUAUCUUUAAGGAAUUUGAGGGUGCUAUCCCUUUAAGGGAUUUUUGGGGGUGAUAUCCCCUUAAGGUUCCAGUACCUCAAACCACUAUACACAAGUACGACUCAAAUCUGUAAAUAAAAGGCCAGUUAGAAUACUUGCCUUUGCCUGGAUUCGAACUUGGGACCCUGGGGUCCAACGUCCGUGUCAGAGAAUCAUGAGCCCAAGAGCAGCUAGGCUAACUGACAGCCCAGGUAUAUGUUACUCUUGAGCGCCGAAAUUGUGGUGGGCAAAAGUAGCAAAACGGCCGUCCAUAAUAUUGCGAGAUUAAAGAUGGCCGCCGAAGGUAAAGGAUGGGGAAACAUGGUCCCUGGAGUCUCGGUAGACGCGGGAUCAAAGAUGGCCGGCUGCAACAUGCUCGGGCUACCUCGUGGUCGACCCACAGACUGCCAAGGUAGUGGAUGUUGGAAAGCAUCCAGCACAUUACCAGGUGUACGGUAUGGGGCAGCCUGAGAGAGCGAGGGCAGUGAGUCCGGCCGUCCCCCUGAGGAUUGUAGGAGGAAGGGGCCGAACGGAUAGGCCGGAAGAAGGGGUUAAUGCCUUGGAGCCGGUGGGAGCCGACGGGAACCGCGGAAGGGAAGGGGUUAAGCCCCAGCCAGACCCAGAAUCCCCAUGACAUCCUGGGGGGGAUGGAGGAAAGCGGGGUAAGAGGGUCCCCAGAUGCCCCAGGUAUAGAAGACCAGGAAAAUCGCCAGAAAAGUCAUGAUACAUAUGGUAUAAAGUACAUCUACCAUAAUUAUACAUAAAACUUAUUAAGUCAAUAAUAAAAUUUAUUAAAUCCAUGUUAUAAAAUACAUAUGACAUCUAUUAAAUACAUAUAAAGUACAUAUAAUACUUAUUAAAAUAAAGGAUGAAAUGCCUAUAAAACUGAUAAAUUACAACUGAUAUUAAUCACAAGUAAAGGUUAUGAAAUAAGGAUAACAUUAAUUUUACAUAAUAUCUAUGAAAUAACAUAGAAAAAACACAGCUGUACAUAGUACAGAAGCACAGCAAGAACAUACAGUAAAGUAUAUAAAUAUAUAAUACAGAAACAACCUCAAAGAGGCAAUAGAAACAUAAGUAAUGGAGAAGAGUAAUACUCUGACCUGUCUGCUUGAUGGAGCAGUAAAGAAAGAGGAAAUGAUAAGGUCACAUUGCCUUGUGUACAUCCUGCUCUUCUGUGAUUGGUUCUUUUUUCUAUGUGUUUCUUUACUGCUGUAUGGAGUUAGUAAAGAGAGAUAUGCAAAAUACGAAGCCGCCUGUCAUGUGGUAAAAUUCCUAAUUUAGGAUUCGGUUACAACAACAGAUGCUGUACACUAUUGCAAUUAACUACAGCUGGUUGCUACUUACCGACAUGUUUCCAACUAUGUUGCUAUAUUUUACCGGCUGACCCAAAGCCUCAAUACACUGUGUAACUGGCCUUCGCAGGAGAUGGUGACAGUGUACACAGUGUUUAAAACAGUGAUUUUGUGCUAAGCCCAAAACAUAUUACAUACCUGCCAACUCCAGAGAAUCUGGAGGCUUGUUGGAGUGAGGUAAUGGGGGACGGACCAGUGACACGAUUGCGUUUCUAGCUCUGCCCCAAAAGAGCAGUCCCGUCUGGAGAAGGGUAGGGCCCCCCCAAAUCAAUAGCAGGAUAGCCUGGUGAUGAAUGCACGCAAGGUUGCCUUUCCAUUAUUUAAGCCAGCCCACUUAGGGAAAAAAUUCGCAGGGCGUUCUGUUUCAUUGCUCAUUUCAGGAUCCUAGUGCCCUGAACAUAGAGCAAGUGUGUCUAAUAACGCGCUGUGCUUAUUGUGAACGAUUCCCACAAGUGGGAAAGCGGGACAGGAUCCAUCGGGACUGUCCAUCCGAAAUCAGGACAGCUGGGAGAAAAUAUCAAUGAAAUGUUUUAGGUUAAUUUCUGCUAUGGUAAUUGUUCAUUUAAAUGCAGCAUGCGCUUACUAAUAGUAAUUUUUUUUUUCCCUGUCUAACAAUAUAAUUAUCAGACACAUCUGAAGAUUGGAAUUGGAAUUAAUUUGUAUUCCUCUAUAUCUUUCAGAGACAGCUUGAUUUAACCACAGCUCAUUUUCUGCCAUUUUCUCAGUUGUAACUAUGUAAAAUGUAUUAUAAGAAAAUAGGAAGAAAUAUUCAAACUGUGCUGUUAAAAAGCAUUCUGGAUUAAUUGGUGAUCUCCUGGAGCUAGAGAGAUCAGUGCCACGGGCAAUGGAACAACUUGUUUCAUCUUCCUUUCCUUCUGAAUUGCUUUCUGAAGGCUACCUUCAGAGUGGGGUGUUUGGCUUUCAUUUACUCACUGUUUGAAGCAUGCAAGUGUAGCCUAAAUAAAGCAUAACAUAGUCACUAACUUGUGUGCAGGUAGUGGUUAUUGUGCGGUGCGAAACCAAUACAAUCAUAAACACGUUUCCCCGUCUUCUCCCAAUUAAAGCCAAGAGACAUAAGUGUGGUAUAAAACAGGCCACAGCUUUAUUUAUAAAUAACAAGCAUAAAUAUAUAAACCAAUAAUUUUACUCGAAACUCGUCCUUGCCAACCGAACCAUAACAACUCUAGAGUACCCCCUUCCAGGGUACCUGCCCUCCCCCCUCGUCCAAGAUAACUGGCCUUUACCUUGGCCUUCCAAUUCCCCAUGCCAACCCCUGGCCGCCUUUUACUGGCACGGGGGGCACGCCCAAUUACCAAAAAACUCUCCGAGGUUAGGGGAGGGACUAGACCCAGCAUUCCUUCUUCCAGUGUACUCGUUUUUCCAACUGGUUUGGCAAGGACCAUACCCGCCAGCUGUGACAAGAAAGAAAGUUAGAGAUAUACAAUAAGAAAACGAUCUACAAUCAAGGGUGGGCGGGAGGGAAGAUGUUACCAGCCGUUAUUUUUAAGAUGGCUGAGGUAAGGGACAAAAUGACUGCCCUUUAUAUGACCCCACCCCACCUCUAGCCUAAGUGACACCCCCCCCACAUGUGACACCUACACCCACCACACCCACACAUGCCUCCUAUCCGGCUAGCUUUCAGCCCGCCUCCUCUGGGCCUAAACAAUGAAAUGUGGUGAAUUGAAAAUUCAGAUUGUAAAAUGUAGUCCAGAAUGACUACAGACUAUUGCAGAAUUUGAGAAGAUUUUCCAACUUGGCUACUUUAACCUUAAUUUGGCAUCUUUAAAAUUCAUUUAUUCAGGAAUUGUCUCGAAUGAGUUGACAAUUGCCACAGCUUACUGUUUAUUGAAUAGACUCUUACUUGUUAUUGUCAGAUCCACCACGGCUUAUAGGACAUAUGGACAGUACAGAGCAUCAUCAUAUUACAUUGAUAAACCAGACACACUUAGCUUCUGUCUACUAUGUUUUGGGAUAUGCCUAAUGCAAUACCAUCAAUAUACCGAAGUCAUGCAGAUGUCUUGAAAUUGAGUCCAUAUUCAUCGUGUUCAUUGAUGCAUUCCUGAGAUGGCUAGAUUGCCUAAUAUAUCAGUAAAACCUUUAAACAUAUCACAUUACUCAGAGCCAGGGCCGGAUUGGGGAAAAAAUUUGACCCGGGCAUUUUUUGAACCACAGCAGCCCACUGAGAAGGGAGCGGGCCAGAGAGGGCGGGUGUUUUGUCAUCUCCAAUGACAAGCAUGCCCCUUCUCAAAGUGAGCAGGAUGGUUCAAUCCGCAAAGCCCUGCUGAAGAGCUCUUGCAUGAAAAAAGGCCCUGUAUUUGUUCUAUGCAGGGCAAGCAAAUUUAUUAACAUGCUUGUGCUGUGUUUGCUUGUGACAUUUCUCUGGUAUCUCCAUAAGUGGGAUACCAGAGAACAAUAGUGUAAGCAAAAUGUAUUGUACAUGUGUUUAGAUCCUGCUUGUGAGAUUGAGUUUGUGUAGAGUUAGUUCAUUGUGGUGUGGUGUUUUGUGUAAAUGUCAGUUUAAUUUGUGUUGUGUUUGUGGUGUAAUAUGUAUAGUUAGGGGCUGUAGAUAGUGUGAGUAAAUGUGAUGUAGCGAGUGUGUGCAUUGGGGCUGUUGUGUAUGUGUGUAUAGAUUAUAUAGUGUGUUUAGAGGUUGUAAAGUGUGUGUGUUUAGGGAAAGUAGGCGUGUUUUUGCUUACAGGAGAUCUAGUGUGUUCAUAGGGGAUACAAACAACAAAAGAAGAAUUCAAUUUGUGGCGCUAGAUGAUGCAGCUAAAACACACUGGUGGGAACAAUCACAGAAAAUCCCACAAAAACAGAAUACACAAACAACACAAAAAGUGUGUAGCGCAUAUACAAAGUUCACACCAUACCCUGAAUAUCAGUGUAUACCAAGUGAGUAGGUGCAAACACAGAAUAAAUACCCAAAUAUUGGAGCAAUCAAAAGGAGUUGUGUACCUAUACAUAAGAACAUAAAAAUAAAAACAAACACAUAGCAUAAUGCUGUAGUGUAAUAGGAGUGGAAAAUCAACUUCUGUUUGGUCCAACUCACAUACUCAAGAGCCUGUUCACAAGAAAAACUGGUUUAGGUAGUAGCGUUUAGGGGUAUAAACUUGAAUAAAUUCCAGUAGGUGUAGCUUGAUCCUCAAAAGAAGAGGCUCAGGAAAGGCAUACCGAUUAGAAAUAAAAGUAUAAUCAUUUAUUUAACAAAUAUAUAAAAUCUUACAUUCAAAAUGCAGUAAUGCUGUUUCCAAUAAGCACAACGCGUUUCAACGAAUAAACGUCUUCCUCAGGUGCAAUAGUUACAUCAAGCUUCACCCAAGUAUUUAAAUCCCCCAUAUUGGCGUGGGGGGGGGAUCCAGAGUGUUUAAUGUCUUUAAUGUAGUGUGUGUAGGUGAUGGAUUGUGGGAUAGGGGAUCUAUUGUGUGCAUAGGGGAUCUAGUGUGUGUGGAGAACCCAGAGUGUGCAUAGCAGAUUUAGUGUGUGUGUGUGUAGAGGAUUCAGAGUGUGUAUAGGGAUUCUAGUGUGUAGAUGUGUAGAGGAUCCAUAGUUAUGUAUGGUAACUAGGGUGUGUGUAUAAGGGAUGUAGUUUGUGUGUAUAAUGUGUCUCUAGAAUGUAGUGUGUGUGAAGAGUGCACGGUGUGUAUGAAGGGUGCAGGAUGUGUGAGUUAGGGGUGCAGUGUGUGAGUUAGGGGUGCAGUGUAUGUGUGUUGGGGUGCAGUGUGUGUGUGUUGGGGUGUAGUGUGUGCUGAGGUGAUGUGUGGUGUUUGGGGUGCAGUGUGUGUGUGAGAGGUGCAGGGUGUGCGUUUGAGGCAUGUACUGGUUUCAUAGUGUUUUUGAAAGUUACAGGGUCAAAUAUAAGGCUUGCCCAUUUAAUUUUUUUCAUUGAAACUUGCCAAAUUGGUUAUGUUGCCUUUGAGACUGUAUGGUAGCCCAGGAAUAAGAAUUGGCAUACCAUUUGCAAACGUAGACAACUCAAGGUAUUGCAAAUAGGGUAUGUCCAGUUUUUUCUAGUAACCACUUAGUCACAAACACUGGCCAAAGUUAGAGUUCAUAUUCGUUUUUUGCAUUUUUCACACACAAACAAAUAUAAAUGCUAACUUUGGCCAUUGUUUGUGACUAAGUGGCUUAAACAAAAGACUGGACAUACCCCAUUUUGAAUACCCUGGGCUGUCUACUUUUUCCAAAUGGUAUGUCAUGGUGGGGUUUAUUUUCAUUUCUGGGCUGCCAUACCGUCUCAGAGGCAACAUAGCCAAUCUGGCAAAUAGCAAUAGCAAACCCUGUAACUUUCCAAAUCACCAUAAAAGCUAUACUUGAGGGGUACUGUUCGGUGCAAGCCGGUGCAGAUGUUGCCCUCCGCUGCGGCGAGCAGGUUUGGUGCUGGCUUGGUUGAGCGCUCGGUAGUGUUACCUGGAGGGUGGGCUGGUGCAUACCGGCUGCUGGGUCAGAGAUCUGGCUAUGGUCGGUUCAUAUGUUUGUUUAGGCUGGAGCUUAUCCUCCAGAUUUGCCCAGAAGUUGGCGAAGUAAGAGUCCAGUCGGGCUAAAAUUGCGUUGAUGUAGGCCUCGGCUGAGGGGACACUUGUUUCCAUCGCCAUUUUGCUUGUGUGGUGCUUUUCAGCGCUGGUUUCAGGAGGUAGUGGUGUGUGUUCUCCUGGGACCGGGAUGACCCCCGCCGGUCCAAAAGGGAAGGAGGGUGCAGAAGUCCGAUUGACUAGUCGUGUUUAGCACCCUGAGAGCGGCCGUCCCUCCGACGCCAGAAGUGCUAGUAGGCCGCACCGAGUGUCAGCGUGGCGGCACCGACUAGACUGGUAUCAAUUUUGGUGUAAAUCGAUUUGUCGUGGUCUCUGCUGUGCGGUUUGCUGUUUAUUGUGUUGUGAACUGCUGGCUGGCUUAAAUUAUCAGGCGUUUUGUCGUGAGGAGCCCAGGAGCUCAUGAAGCAUGCUUCCAUUCGGCUUGCCAGUCAGGCUCCGCCCCCCCAAAAUACCCCAAGUUUAAUACCCUAGGUUGUCUUCUUUUAAAAAAUAUAUACAUGUGAAGGGUUAUUCAGGGAUUCCUGACAGAUAUCAGUGUUACAAUGUAAUUAGCGUUAAUUUUGAAAAAACAUGGUUUGGAAAUAGCAAAGUGCUACUUGUAGUUAUUGCCCUAUAACUUGCACACAAAAAAAAGCUACGAACAUGUUAACAUUGGGUAUUUCUAAACUCAGGCCAAAAUUUAGAAACUAUUUAGCACGGGUGUUUUAUGACGGUUGUAGAUGUGUAACGGAUUUUGGGGGUCAAAGCUAGAAAAGGUGUUUAAAAAAAAAUAAAAAAAUUAUUUAUAGUAAAUUAUAUGAUGAAAAAAAUUGGUAUCUCUAGAAAGACCAUUUAGUGGCAAGAAAAAUGGUAUAUAAUAUGUGUGGGUACAGUAAAUGAGUAAGCAGAACAUUACAGCUAAAGACAAACACAGCAGAAAUUUAAAAACAGCCCUAGUCCCAAACGGUAAGAAAAUUAGAAAGUGGUCUGGUCACUAAGGGAUUAAAGGACUUUAAGCCCAUAUUCAUUACUUAACUGUAUUUAACUUCAAUUUAUUUUGGUAAACAGCUGAAAUAACAAAACUUGUGUUAGUGUCCAAAUAUUUCCGGACCUAACUAUAAAUAUAUUAAGAUAGAAGUAUAUAUUUUAUUUUGUAGAUUAUAGAAAGUGGAGGAAUAUAUAUAUAUAUUUUAUAAAUCUUUAUUUAGAGAGUACAUACACAUAUAAAGGCAGAUUUUCAAGUGAUUACAUUUGUGUUUUGUAUAUUUGUUAUGCAACCUACGUAAAGUACAGUCUGGACGCAUAGUCAUUCUCAGCCCGUCCGGAACAGUUGCUUUCUAGGACCAUCCCUCAAUCUCCCCGAGCCCACCCAGUUAACCCUUUCUUUAUACAGUGACUCAACAAGUAGGCUAAGGCAUAUUGUAUGUGUUUACCUGCAAGAACAGAGUGCGACACAUGCAUGCAAUAGGCCUUAUGGGAGUGAGCGCCCCAGGAUCUCCCUUCAACACAUAUAUGCACCCCCUUUAUUUCUUUUCUUUUUUGUUAUAUACAACAGGAAAUUCACUUCUAUCCCAGCUUCCCCAAAGCCUAGCAAUCGCCAUUCCCCGGUGAUUUCCAAUUUGCAGGUACCAGUUUAAAUUUGAGACCAGUAGCAUGGGAAUUUUAUCAUCAAUAACAAUCAUUAGUACUUAUAGACUUUUUGUAUUCAAUAAGAGUUUAUUGAAAUAGAUUGGUGGACAGAUUGAAGAGGUAACACAAAAAGGUUACAACUGUAAAGAUUCCUAAAAUGUUGACUACAUUUUGCAUAUGUGUACAGGAAAAAGGUUCAAACAAUAGUGACAGAAAAGCAUAUCAUCAUGUUGAAUGAUGGAAUGGAUUGUCAAGGCACACAUCUUGAUAUGGGGUAAAAGAUUCUUAAUCCAGUUGUCACCAAAGGUGAAGUCCCAAUAAAGCCUGGGUGAUACUGCCCCAGGUAACUAUCAAAGAAAAAAAUAAUACAAAAUAGAAGAAAAAUAAAAAGGAGGAAUGAGAAGAAAAGAGAGAAAAAAAUCGAUAUAUAUAAAUACAUACAUACAUACACACGCGUACAGAUACAUUCAUGUAUACAUUAUACCCAUACAAACAAAGCCAGAGUAGAUCUUCUUGCACAAAGAUUCACCUGAACUCAUCCAGAAACCCACCCCAAGCAUUAUUUCCACUUGGAUCCCACUGAAUACAAACAGAGAACAGGAUUGACAACAGUACAAUGGAAUGGAAUGUUUGCUGUGUUAAGCAAUUGAGGGUCUAUCGAGCUAUGUUGUCUAUGUUGUGAGUGGUAAUGGUGUGUGAUGUAAUAGCAUUGCUGCAAGGAUACGCAUUAAAGGACAAUGUAGACCAUCUUCCAAAGCUUCUCAACCAAAGUGCAAUCACACCAUAUGUGUAGCAAGGUGCCUUCUGCCUCACCGCAGCACCAGCACAAACCUCGUAUUUAAAGAGUUGCAGGGGUCUGGAGCAGAUUUUAUAAGAGACCUCUUGCCACCAUCCUGAAUGUGAUAUCUUAUGGACUUGCAAGUCCUCCUCCCACUUGUUUGUGUAAGGUGGAGGAGCUGGUACCAAUUGUUGACCAAUAAAUAAUUAUAAAUAAUGGUGUGGGGCCUUCCUCAUAGAACAAUUCAAAUGUUGUAAGUUCCUGUAAGAAGCACCACCUCUGAGGUAUACAAUGCAGAUAAUGUAAGAUCUGAGCAUGGGUAAGUGUGUAAAAGAAUGUGUGAGAUGGGCUCAAAAAUAUUUAAAAUAGGGGAAUCAAGGAAGGGCUGCCAUAUUAAUCGACAGGACGGCUCUUUCCUGAGAAAUCCAGAUUUCAGAGGUGUCUUUAUGGCACCAGUGGAGAGCUCGCAAAAGAUAUGCUUCCAAAUAGUAAUUUUCAAACUCAAGGGUGCGCUGUGUCUUUAAGACAAGAAAAGUGCAAUGUAUCUUUAAAAACACUCCAGUGCUUCAAAAAAACACACAAAACUCUAUUCAAUAAAUGUGUUACUAUUACACACUCUACAAUAGUGCAAAAAAAGUGCAAGUGUGCAAAUAACACUUUUAUACCAAUGUAUUGGUGAGAGUUGGUAAUUUUUAAAUACCACUUUUCUAUCAGUGUAUUGGUGAAAAAUUAGUAGAAAAAACGGAGCACUUACAAUACCCCGCUAUAUGUACCUUAGGUCUGGUUACUCCAGUUUUGCAUACAUAUGUAUAAAAAAUAAAUAAAAGAACAUAGUGUAAUACAGUAUUAUAAAUUAUGUUAUUAGAACAAUAAAUAGUGUUAAACUCACAAGUGGAGAGCAGAGAAGUCUGCUCUAACUUUAUCCGCUUCUUUUGUAAAGCCAAAAGGUCAUAGGACAGCAGCAAGUUGAAAGAAACACUUUUUUAUUUCCAAAACAAAUCUUCACAAUAUUAAAAAAUAGUCCCCCAAGUGGUAUCGCUUUGCUCACUCAGUCUCUCUAUGGAAGGCGUACUGCAUACAGUUUCGCUGCCGGCUAGCACCGUACUGCAAUCACUUCCUGGAGGCGGAGCCUAAUGACGUAACCACGGGACGUACGUGAUGACGCGUUUCGCCACAAAAUCGGCUUCCUCAGAUCACACUUCCAUUCUGCUGCUGUCUUGCUUUUAAGUCCGUUUUCACAGGUGUAUGUCCACCUAUUAAGUCCUCAUUAGUGUAACCCCUUAAUAUCUUGACAGAAAUCUUCAUUCAAUUAUUCAUUCCCAGGGUCAUAUCUCCUAAAUCAAAUUUUUCCUUACAUAUGAAAAAAACACUAAUUUAUACUAAAACACAUUUAUCAGUCACAUACAUAAAAAACAUAGAUUAAAAAACUAAAAGUAUCUCUUAGCUAUAAUUAUUAAAACAUACUAAAAAAUAUAUAAUAAAAAAUAUCAAUAUAUAUUAUAAAAAAUUAUAUAAAUCAAAUUCUAUAUUUAAACCUCUCGGUUCCAAAGUUCCUAAACGGUGUACCCAUUUCAUUUCUUCUUUACCUAUUGCAUUUAUAUGAUCUCCUCCUCUCCAAGAUUUAUUAACUAUUUGAAUUCCUAAGAAAAUUAACCCAUUUGGAUCCCUUUUAUGGUAUUUAUUAAAAUGGGCUGACACACUAUGUUGCUCAAAGCCACGUUUUAUAUUAUAUACAUGCUCAUAAAUACGUUUGUGAAGGGGACGUAUUGUUCGACCCACGUAUUGUAACCCACAUGGACAAAUCAGCAAAUAAACAACAUUUUUACUACAGCAAGUAAUAAAAUCUUUUAUAACAAAUUCCUCUUCUUUUUCUCUUGCUUUAAAUUUGCUUAUCCCUUUUAAAGUUCUAUUUUUACUGCAUUUGCAGCCCAUACAUUUUCCACAUGAAUAAAAACCGCUUUUAUUAUUUAAGAACGUUGUUCUAACUUCUUUUCUAGGAUGAUUAAAGGUAAGGAGUCUUUUAAAAUUUGGGGCACCUCUAAAAGUGAUAAAAGGUCUCUCUGGUAAAAUUUUUCCCAAAUCUUUAUCUUUCUUUAAUAAAGGCCAAUGUCUAUUGAUUAUGGAUCUAAUUUUUCUAGAAUCACUAUUAAAAUCAAAUACUAAGGGCAUCUUUAUAUCUUUUUCUUCAGUCGAUCUGUUCUUUUGUCCCACAAUUAAAUCUUCCUGAUCAAGUGUAAUUACUUCCUCAUAUGCUCUAUUUAAUAUAUUUUUCGGAUAUUUCUUUUCCGUAAAUUUAUCCAUAAGGAUACUUGCUUGAUCUUUAAAAACAUCUAUUUCUGUGCAAUUCCUUCUCAGACGUUGUAGUUGUCCUUUUGGAAUAUUAUCUAACCACGGGGAAUAGUGGCCACUAUUAUAUAGCACAUAACUAUUUGCAUCAACUUUUUUAAAAUAGUUUCUAGUUUUUAUACUCCCUCCUUCUAUAUAGAUAUCCAAAUCUAGAAAGCUAAUGUUAUUUUUACUGUGAGAACUAGUAAGAUGAAUCCCCCAGUCAUUUGCAUUCAAUUUAUUUAGAAAAUUUUCUAAACUUGACUCCGUACCUCUCCAUAUAAAAAACAUAUCGUCAAUGUACCUGUAAUAGGAGACUAGGUCCACCCCCCAUUCGCAACUGUUAUAAAUAUUAAUAUUUUCCCAACUUGACAUAAAUAAAUUAGCGUAGCUGGGGGCGAACCUAGUCCCCAUAGCGGUGCCUUGACAUUGAAGAUAAAAUUGGGAAUUAAAGAAAAAAUAAUUAUUAUUUAAAAUCCAUCGUAUACUAUCUAUUAAAAAUUCUACAUGGGAAUGACUGAAUUUUCCAGAUUCUUCUAGAAUCUUUUUAAUCUCUCUACACCCUAAAUCAUGAGUGAUUGAGGUAUAUAAAGAAGAGACAUCACUAGUAACAAGUAUAAACGAAUCCUCCCAUUUUAUUUUCUUUAGGAUUUUUAUUACUUCUGUAGUAUCCUUCAGAUAAGAUGGGAUUAUCUUUACUAGAUCUUGUAGCCAUAUGUCGACAUAUUUAGAUAAAUUAGCCGAUAUUGACCCUAUCCCCGAAACAAUUGGCCUUCCUGGGGGGCAUCUAAUAUUUUUGUGUACCUUUGGUAAUGUAUAAAAAACCGGUAGUCUUGGAUGCUCAACUUUUAAAAAAUUAUAUUCUUUCUCGCUAAGGACUCCUGUAUUUCUACCCUUUUCUAAUAAUACAUAUAAAGAUUCUUUAAUUUCUUGAGUAGGGUCCUUUUUUAGACAUUUAUAUACUUUUACUUCCCCUAAUUGUUUAUUACACUCUUUCAAAUAGUCCUCUGUAUUUUGUAUUACUAUACUCCCCCCCUUAUCCGCCGGCUUGAUGACUAUAUCCUUAUUAGUCCUUAAUUCUUGUAAAGAUCUCCUCUCACUAAAGCUCAGAUUAUGAAGUCUUCUCUUCUUAUUAUUACUUGUAUCUAGUUCCUCAAAAUCUUCUAAAACACAUUUCUCGAACAUAUCUAUAGCACUUGUUCUAUAAUUUCUUGGAUAGAAUGUAGAUCUAUUUCUUAAACUGGUAUGAUCUUUAUCUUCUAUCUUAUUGUCACAUUUAUUUAUAGAAAAAAACCUUUUUAAUGUCAAGUUCCUAGAAUAUUUUAGCAUAUCCACAUAUGCUGAAAAAGAAUUAAAACCUACAUUGGGGGCAAAUUUAAGACCCUUAUUUAGAAUCCUAAUUUCAUCUUUAGUAGGGUUAUACUUGGAGAGAUUUAUUACUCCCUCCAAUUUGAUGUCCUUCCUCUUUUUCCUAUACUGUAAUUCUCGUCCUCCUCUACAUCCUCUAUAUCCCUGUAUCUCCUUCUUUUUUGAGGUGAGAAGGUUACCCUUCCUUUUCUCUCCCCUAAAAAAUCUUUAUGUUCUGAUUGUAAAUUAUCAUCUGAAAGGAUUUCAAAACGGUUCCUUAGUUCGGUAUCCUUUCUUUGCUGUACAUAGGGCGGACUCCUACCUUGUCUAUUUCUAUUCAGUUGGUAUUUAUUUUUCGGUUCUACUUUUGUCCAAUUAUAUUGUUUCCUAUUCUCUGGUGUUUUCCACUGAGUCCGUUCUGAAUAUUUGACAGUAUUUGCUCUUUUCCAAUAAGGAUGAUUGGGGGAGUCUGACUUAUAUUUAUAAUUAUACUCUUUUUUCUCUCUGUAUAAAUUCGUAUAAGUUCUAACUCUAUUAUUCUUAUAAUCUUGCAUAUCCCUCUUGUAUUUCUUAUGCUUGAUCUCUUUCACUUGUAUCUCCAAUUUAUUUAAAUUGUCCUUAGUUUUCUUAGUUAGUUCAUCAUAAUCUCUAGUACCCAAUGUUGGUUCUAAUAGUUUUUGGAUUUCUUUUACCUCCUUAUCUAAAUCUUCCAGGCCUUCAGUUCUACAGGCAAUAACUAUACUCAUCAUCUCCCUAGAGAAUCUUUCUAAUGCAUCAUUCCAAAUGUCUACAUAUUUUUUAUUCUUUUCAUUCUCAAAUGUAGGUGUCUUAGAGAACCUUAGACCUCUAGGGGUGAUGUUAUCUUUUAAAUAUCUAUUUAGGGUGGCAAUUUCACAUUUAUAUUUUAUUUCUUUUGCUAGAAUUUUUUCGAGAAAGAAUAUAAUUUUUUAAAAGUUGAGCAUCCAAGACUACCGGUUUUUUAUACAUUACCAAAGGUACACAAAAAUAUUAGAUGCCCCCCAGGAAGGCCAAUUGUUUCGGGGAUAGGGUCAAUAUCGGCUAAUUUAUCUAAAUAUGUCGACAUAUGGCUACAAGAUCUAGUAAAGAUAAUCCCAUCUUAUCUGAAGGAUACUACAGAAGUAAUAAAAAUCCUAAAGAAAAUAAAAUGGGAGGAUUCGUUUAUACUUGUUACUAGUGAUGUCUCUUCUUUAUAUACCUCAAUCACUCAUGAUUUAGGGUGUAGAGAGAUUAAAAAGAUUCUAGAAGAAUCUGGAAAAUUCAGUCAUUCCCAUGUAGAAUUUUUAAUAGAUAGUAUACGAUGGAUUUUAAAUAAUAAUUAUUUUUUCUUUAAUUCCCAAUUUUAUCUUCAAUGUCAAGGCACCGCUAUGGGGACUAGGUUCGCCCCCAGCUACGCUAAUUUAUUUAUGUCAAGUUGGGAAAAUAUUAAUAUUUAUAACAGUUGCGAAUGGGGGGUGGACCUAGUCUCCUAUUACAGGUACAUUGACGAUAUGUUUUUUAUAUGGAGAGGUACGGAGUCAAGUUUAGAAAAUUUUCUAAAUAAAUUGAAUGCAAAUGACUGGGGGAUUCAUCUUACUAGUUCUCACAGUAAAAAUAACAUUAGCUUUCUAGAUUUGGAUAUCUAUAUAGAAGGAGGGAGUAUAAAAACUAGAAACUAUUUUAAAAAAGUUGAUGCAAAUAGUUAUGUGCUAUAUAAUAGUGGCCACUAUUCCCCGUGGUUAGAUAAUAUUCCAAAAGGACAACUACAACGUCUGAGAAGGAAUUGCACAGAAAUAGAUGUUUUUAAAGAUCAAGCAAGUAUCCUUAUGGAUAAAUUUACGGAAAAGAAAUAUCCGAAAAAUAUAUUAAAUAGAGCAUAUGAGGAAGUAAUUACACUUGAUCAGGAAGAUUUAAUUGUGGGACAAAAGAACAGAUCGACUGAAGAAAAAGAUAUAAAGAUGCCCUUAGUAUUUGAUUUUAAUAGUGAUUCUAGAAAAAUUAGAUCCAUAAUCAAUAGACAUUGGCCUUUAUUAAAGAAAGAUAAAGAUUUGGGAAAAAUUUUACCAGAGAGACCUUUUAUCACUUUUAGAGGUGCCCCAAAUUUUAAAAGACUCCUUACCUUUAAUCAUCCUAGAAAAGAAGUUAGAACAACGUUCUUAAAUAAUAAAAGCGGUUUUUAUUCAUGUGGAAAAUGUAUGGGCUGCAAAUGCAGUAAAAAUAGAACUUUAAAAGGGAUAAGCAAAUUUAAAGCAAGAGAAAAAGAAGAGGAAUUUGUUAUAAAAGAUUUUAUUACUUGCUGUAGUAAAAAUGUUGUUUAUUUGCUGAUUUGUCCAUGUGGGUUACAAUACGUGGGUCGAACAAUACGUCCCCUUCACAAACGUAUUUAUGAGCAUGUAUAUAAUAUAAAACGUGGCUUUGAGCAACAUAGUGUGUCAGCCCAUUUUAAUAAAUACCAUAAAAGGGAUCCAAAUGGGUUAAUUUUCUUAGGAAUUCAAAUAGUUAAUAAAUCUUGGAGAGGAGGAGAUCAUAUAAAUGCAAUAGGUAAAGAAGAAAUGAAAUGGGUACACCGUUUAGGAACUUUGGAACCGAGAGGUUUAAAUAUAGAAUUUGAUUUAUAUAAUUUUUUAUAAUAUAUAUUGAUAUUUUUUAUUAUAUAUUUUUUAGUAUGUUUUAAUAAUUAUAGCUAAGAGAUACUUUUAGUUUUUUAAUCUAUGUUUUUUAUGUAUGUGACUGAUAAAUGUGUUUUAGUAUAAAUUAGUGUUUUUUUCAUAUGUAAGGAAAAAUUUGAUUUAGGAGAUAUGACCCUGGGAAUGAAUAAUUGAAUGAAGAUUUCUGUCAAGAUAUUAAGGGGUUACACUAAUGAGGACUUAAUAGGUGGACAUACACCUGUGAAAACGGACUUAAAAGCAAGACAGCAGCAGAAUGGAAGUGUGAUCUGAGGAAGCCGAUUUUGUGGCGAAACGCGUCAUCACGUACGUCCCGUGGUUACGUCAUUAGGCUCCGCCUCCAGGAAGUGAUUGCAGUACGGUGCUAGCCGGCAGCGAAACUGUAUGCAGUACGCCUUCCAUAGAGAGACUGAGUGAGCAAAGCGAUACCACUUGGGGGACUAUUUUUUAAUAUUGUGAAGAUUUGUUUUGGAAAUAAAAAAGUGUUUCUUUCAACUUGCUGCUGUCCUAUGACCUUUUGGCUUUACAAAAGAAGCGGAUAAAGUUAGAGCAGACUUCUCUGCUCUCCACUUGUGAGUUUAACACUAUUUAUUGUUCUAAUAACAUAAUUUAUAAUACUGUAUUACACUAUGUUCUUUUAUUUAUUUUUUAUACAUAUGUAUGCAAAACUGGAGUAACCAGACCUAAGGUACAUAUAGCGGGGUAUUGUAAGUGCUCCGUUUUUUCUACUAAUUUUUCACCAAUACACUGAUAGAAAAGUGGUAUUUUAAAAAUUACCAACUCUCACCAAUACAUUGGUAUAAAAGUGUUAUUUGCACACUUGCACUUUUUUUGCACUAUUGUAGAGUGUGUAAUAGUAACACAUUUAUUGAAUAGAGUUUUGUGUGUUUUUUUGAAGCACUGGAGUGUUUUUAAAGAUACAUUGCACUUUUCUUGUCUUAAAGACACAGCGCACCCUUUUCUUUGUAUUAUUAUAUUUUUAGUGUUUUAUGGGCUAUUGCACUUUAUAAGGGAGCUGCUUCAUAGGUUUUAAGGUUGUUAUUAUUUUAGACGUGUAUUGAGCGCCUUUUUUUACUUGUCUUCUCUCUUGUUGUACAAUUUUCAAACUCAAGCAAUGCCAGACUUCCCCGUAACUUAGGUAACACUAGGUGUGUCAGACCUUAUUAAGGUGGAUUCUUGUUGGAACACAAAUACAAAUAUCUUUAAACUUGCAAUGAACAAACAGUCAGAGCAAGCUGGAUAAUAUAGAUGUAAGGAGCAUAAACAGUAGAGCCGCUACUAUAGUAGAAGUUACAGUUGACAGUACAGAAUCGGCUGGCAAAAUCAAGAUCAAAUUCGGAUCUGGGUUUAGGUUUGGAGAAGGCAGUGUAUACGAGAAAACUAGCAGGUUCAACAACAAAUCAAAGAGUAGAGUUCACACUGUAUCGAUCAGUAACAACAUAGUAACUGAGCAAUACACUUUUGCACUGAGCACACUUUUAACUAGGAUGGCAUUUGUGUGUGUUAUGUGAAGGUGUGACCACAUUAAAUGUGGAAGUUGAAGCUACAGUGUGAAGGAGAGAAGCAUUGACCAGAACAUAGGAGAGAUUGUGCGAGCAGGAAAGAGGUGAGCCCUGACAAGCUGUGAGUACGUAAGUCAAGGAGUCAAUGAUGCCAGAUGAAACCUCUAAUCACAUAGUUGUUAAAAAUAGGCUGGAGGGAAUAUAAAUUGGAAUUGUUUGAAACAAAAAGAGCAGAUGCGGGAGUGUAGACAUUUUGAUUACACUGAUAUAUCCCUGCCAUUCAUGGACUUUUUGGGGUAAAUUUACAUAUAUUAAGAGAUCCUCCAUUUUUAUAUAGAGGGCAUAUUUUUAACUUGUGUUCAAUGUGAGUAUAUGGAAGUUCAUCGAGCAAGGCCUUUAACCCCACUGGCCCUGUGUGUUCAUCUUGUCUGGUUUCAACUACGUUUUCUGCUAGUCCACCCAUUGUACAGCGACGCGGAAUCUCUUGGCGCUUUAUAAAUAAAUAAUAAUAAUAACAAUAAUAUAUAGAUUAUGUUAAAAGCAGCUGUUUUAGUUGUAUUUAUAUAUUUAUGGUUGAUAAAGUUCCCUUAGUAGUCUUUGCAAUAAGAAGCAGUGUUAUGUUGGGGAUUUAAAUGGUUUAUGCGCAUUUAUUCACAUGGUCCAAGAUGACACCUUUCUAUACUGACUAUUAUUUAGAGCAAUGUCAUUUGUUCUAAACUGGCUAAGUGUACAUUUUUAAAGUUGAAGCACAUUUAAAGUUCUGAUUUAAACACAAAGAGCACUAUUUUUUUUUUUUUUUACACAUGAACACCUUUUGAAGAAAGGUCCAGAAACAAGAAAAAAAAAACCCUUAUUAAAGUGUAGUUAUAUUUUUACAUGGUUUGUACUGAUGUUACAUGUUCUGUAUAUAGUCACUGAACAUAAAAGGUGAUAUUGUCCAAAUGUAGUUUGCUUUUUUUCUAUAUUCUAUUAAUUUAACAUAUAAACAGGUUUCAUAUUCUGGUUAGUAUAACCAGUUUGUUUUCUUUAUCUUAGUUGAUCCAUUUGGUAAAGGCUGGGAAGAAAUAUGCAGUGAGAUCAUGUAUGAUUGCGAAGAUGAAACAAAUGCUCGGGUACAGAAGGUAAGGCCUGGUCCAUGCAGAUCUAAACCGUGUGUUAGUAUAAUACACAAUUAUUACCAAAGAAAACCAAGGGGACCGCACUCCAUUCCAAAUGACCACCGGGUGCUUAAAUGAAGUAGGACAAGCAAAUCCAAAAUAAUGUAGAAGGAUAAAUUACGAAAUAUUAAUGGAACAGAUCACAGUGUGUAUUAUACUAGCAAAAGAGAUAUUUAGAGCAAGGUUUCAACCUUCUACAAGGUCUUUGUCAAGCUUGACCUUGUAGAAGGUCAAAACGUUUCUGUCACCUCAUUUGAUCCAAUAAAUCUGCUUGCUGUUUGAACACUGCAAGUGCCUGAAGAUCUCUUUUUCUGCUCGUAUAAUAAGUACACUCAUAUCAAUAUAGUUACAGCACGUUACAGCACGUGAUCACUGUUUUUUUUAAUUUCUAUCAAUUACUCAAGACAAAGUCAUGCAGGGGACUUGUGGAAAAGUGCAUCCAGAUUUUGUACAUGUAGCCAUGCUUUGUAAAAUAGUUGUUAGAUGAUCUCAGUACCCUCUUCCCUCCCAUAACAGGUUCACAAUGGAAUUUGAUUUGUGAACACUUUGCUUGAUUUGUGAAUGAAUGAGAUUAACUGGUGGGUUCCUUUGCACACCUACAGAGAAGCACUGCAGGUACUUAGGCUUGCUAUAUGUACAAGAGGAUACAGGUUAAUCAGGUUUGUAAAGUGGAGUAUAUUAACUCCAUGGGCCUCGACUCUGAACUUUUGGAUUAGAGGUCACUGUGACGGUAGUAAGCCUUAUAACCGUCCAGUAUUCCCCUUUUCCCAAUAGCAGAAUAACAACAAUAAUCCAUAGGGUAAAAUAACGCUGGUAUCGCCAAAUAAUCCACACAUGAGCCAAAGCUUAAUGCUGGAACAAGACUGAUUUACUGGAAGCAACAGGCAUUCAAUUUAUACAGUACAAGUCCUCCUCUGGGCCAGGCUAGAUAAUUGAGUUUCAGCAACAUACUAAACUCAAUUAUCUGCUGGCCAGAAACAUUAACAAUUUUCCACAUUUUUAAAAAUAUACUUUAUACAUGUAAUAGAAAUAUAAAAACCACAUCCUGGGUAGCUGAGGAUACUAGGAGUAACAUAUCCAAAUUGCACGAAAAUCCAUUCGGUAGUUUUCGUGUCGCAUCAUGUGGAAGUUUGACCGGCUCGCCAUGUGUUUGUAUCCGAGUUAGAGUUCCAUGAAAUUGGUAGCAAGAGUUCAUGCGGAAUUACACGAAAACCACCACAGUUAUACGGCAUCUGGUUACAUGUGAAUGCUCCCCUCAUUCGGUUGAUUGAAACUCCCGAACGCCAGUUUGAUACUGUAAGUGGAAAUCGGUCAGACGGGACUUCCAUAGAGACCGGGUGUUCGUGUGAUUGCCCUGCCAAAAAUGGUUCCAUGCAAUCAUCGAGUAAGUCCCGCUGGCUGCGUUCGGGAGAUCUAAGAUGGCCGCCAUCGUGUUCGAAUGCCGAAUGGCGGCCACCUAGAAGCACUCAAUUACCUUGCGGUUUUCGUGGUUACUUGGUGUUCUAAGUUCUGAUUGCUACCCAGGGUGGUCUCUGUUCGGUAGAACAAGUAAAUGUUCACAGAAAUAACAACGAAUACUUUACAGUCACUUAACUAGCAGGGAGAGGAAAUAACCGAAUGGAUACAGGUAAACACAAGGAAAUCCUUUACAGUCACUAACCUAGCUCAUAUGCAAACAUCACGAGUAUAACCAACCAUUUUGCCUUGGACACUAGCUGAUGCCUCGCCACAGAUUCCAAUAAAAGAAAGGUUUGGUUAUAUGUUGGAUUUCAUCGAUAUGACUUGACUUUCCCAAAGUACACCCGACAUGCAGUGUUAUACCAGAAUAUUUGAAAAACAAGGGGCAAAACUAACUCUUCCUCCUGCUAGGAUACCCCUAUAUCAGUACAACAGACUCCACAUAUAACUAAAUACUCAAGGUAAAAACCCUGUAACAUACCGUGAGUAUUGCACGGUAUUUGCCCUUUUUUUUAGUAAGGGUCGUUAGUGACUCUUUUUAACAGUUUUUGUAGAGCGGUACCUGGAAGAUAAUUCCUAGAAUCUCCCAUUUUUAACAGAGGAGGGUAAUUUCCAUUUUCAGGGUUUCUCUAGAGACUACAAAGGUUGAUUCUUUUAAUUGUCCGCGUGUGGCUUGUCUCCAGUUUUGCCUGUUUUAGACAUAAAAGACUUCUUUCUCAUUGUGCAUUUUCUCUACAGAUAAGCAGUAAUUAAAAACUAAUUAAAAUAUAUUAUAAUGAGAAAACACUUACAAAAUGCACUGCUCAGAACAAACACAAAACUCUUAUUUGUCAAGGACAUUUUCAGGGAACUACUGUGUGAUGUCACCGCGUGGUGCCUAUCAAACAGUAAAAUAAAGUAUUGCUAUGAAAUAAUUGUUAAUCCCUUUAUUAAUAUUCAUGUUCAGGAUUUGUGGAUUUUUUCAUAACUCAGUCUGAACUACUUUAAAGGGUCUAUUUUAUAAGAUGUCAACAUAUCCUAUCCUUCAGAAACAGAAGAUUAGCUGAAGACAGCAUACACACUAAGAAAAAAAAAGUCAAUUUAUCUGUCAUUUCUAAUGUUUCCCCACAGCUACUAAUUGCUCCAGGGGGCUUAUUCCUUAAUGACCUAUUUUGUACGUUAGGUUCAUGAGCUUUUUUAAUUAGGUGUUUACUCAACUAUAAAUUCCCUUUUUCUCACUUACCACACUUAAAGCGGCUCUGUCACUUUGCAAGUUUAAAUUAAUCCUUUUUGUCCCUAUAUUUUAUAUUUUUUUAAUUAAAUUAAUCCUUUUUGUCCCUAUAUUUUUUAUUUUUUUGAAAUUCACUUUUUUAGUUAUACAGAAAAUGUAUUUGCUGUUUAGUAGUAAAUCACCAGAAAUAUUACUCAUAUUGUGUUUAGUAUAAAAAUAGACCAAGCCUUUAUUAUUAUAGUUAAAAUAAAUACAAAAUCGCUCAAAAAGGGGGAAAAAUUGAAAAAAAGCUGCUUAACACAUUUUGUGGAUAACUGCGCUUUUUUCAAAGGUUGGGACAUCUUUUCUUAUGGGGACCAUGGUCUUUGGCAAAGUUACAGUUCACUUUCUAAGAUUAUGUAGCUACAAUCCGUUAGUCACCAAAGGGCAAACUGCAGACAUUUUGGACAGAGAACAAGAAAAUGGAGACACCCAGGCAGGCCCUAACUGACCAUUGGUCAGAGAUGAGAGGAUCUCUCCUGCCGGCCAAAUACAGCAAUACCCCCAUGUAUAUCUGAUUUCUGAUAAGUUGUCAAAUUGCAGACAUACCAAUUUCAGUUGUCAAAUACCCAAUUUCCAUUGAUUUAUUUAGUAAAGCUUUUUGAGACCCUGGAAAAGAAGACAACUUAGGCUAUUUAAUAUGCAACAUCUUGACUCUUUUCACUUGGUCAUUUCAUCACCAGUUUCUGCUCAUUUUAGUGGUAAUUGUUUUUCACGUACAUAUUAAAUUUUAAUGGUAUAUGUCACAUGCUUUAUGUGUCCUGCUACUUCCAAGUCCCCAAAUGUGUAUUCGAGGCAUCUCCCAAGUACAACAAAACCCCACGAAUGGUAGCAUACCUCUAACUAUAUAAAUGUAUUAGUUUGAAUUCAUUGCCAGAUGGGAGUCCCAAUUUUAAUCCUAACACUAUUACAAGUAUUUUCAAGGACUGAAUUCAACAUAUUACAGCCCUGAAGUCAGUAUAUUAAGGUGGCCUGAGGCACACCAUCUAAAAACCUCUGCUUGAACUCACUGUAUCUAACCCUUACCAUAUGUUUAUGAAUAAAAAUAACCUUAAGGUGAUGUAUUAUGACUUCCUUUGUCGACUAACAAUUUUAGUAAAAUUUUAGUUGACUAAAAUUUCUGAGAUUUAGUCGACUAGAACCAGACUAAAACUAAAACAAUUCAGAUGACUAAAAUACGACUAAAACUAGCGUGGCUAUUUAGUCAAAAGACUAUGACUAAAACUAAAGUGAAAUUUGCUGCCCAAAUUAAAACUGCCUUAGAGUGUUGGUAGAAAGUACACAAGAGCAGUCCAUGUAGCCAGAUAAGAUGGUGGCAACCCUAUAUAUAGUUCAGCACACACAAAACACAUUCUGCACAGAUAAUAGAAACUCCAUUCAUGUUUUUUAUAUUUAUGUUCAUGAAUGGAGGACUUUGCACUCAACCAUGUCCACAACGUAGGUACUUUUAUACAAAAUAAUAAAAAAAAUCUGUGAAAGUUAGUUUGUAAUUUGUAGGGUUUACACCAUGUGUCAGUGUGUAUGUAUUGAGUUCCUUAGACCAUAUAAUGUGCAAGGAGCAUUGUUGCCAUGCUUAAAGGACCACUAUAGUGCCAGGAAAACAUACUCGUUUUCCUGGCACUAUAGUGCCCUGAGGGUGCCCCCACCCUCAGGGUCCCCCUCCCGCCCGGCUCUGGAAAGGGGAAAAGGGGUUAAACUUACCUUUUUCCAGCGCUGGGCGGAGAGCUCUCCUCCUCCGAUCCUCCCCGUUGGCUGAAUGCGCACGCGCGGCAAGAGCUGCGCGCGCAUUCAGCCGGUCACAUAGGAAAGCAUUCAUAAUGCUUUCCUAUGGACGCUGGUGUGCUCUCACUGUGAAAAUCACAGUGAGAAGCACGCAAGCGCCUCUAGUGGCUGUCAAUGAGACAGCCACUAGAGGAUUAGGGGAAGGCUUAACCCAUUCAUAAACAUAGCAGUUUCUCUGAAACUGCUAUGUUUAUUAAAAAAUGGGUUAACCCUAGAAGGACCUGGCACCCAGACCACUUCAUUAAGCUGAAGUGGUCUGGGUGCCUAGAGUGGUCCUUUAAAGUGUUCAUUUAUUAUGCACAAGGUGUCUGUUUAAAAGUUUUAUCAUGCAUUAGUCACAUGAUGUGACAUGUUUAGUCUUGUUUUUAUCUAUUUCAUUUAUUACCCAAGUAAAUGACUACAAUGAAAGCUAUGGCUAAUCGUUUUAUUCCAACUUUGCAGGCUAGAGAUCUCAUCGAGAAAUUCUUCAUUCGGCAGCCGAAUGUCCUGAAAAAUGAAUUUGGAGACCCCACAAAAAUAUAUUAUAUUGAGCACAGCAUUGAGAUUACUCGUAUUGACAAUUGUCGUUCAGGCUUUGGAAAAAACGAGAUCACACACAAUGACUGCGCUAACUGCUGUGGUAAGAACUCCUUUUCAUAAAAAUUUGAACAUUUCACUGGGGAGAAAAAAACAUACAGUAACUUGUUUAAAAUAACACUCCAAGCACUAUAACCACUACAGUUCAUUAUAGUGGUUAUGGUACCUGGACUAUCCUCGCACUUCCCUGAUUUAAGCAGGCAAGCCAUUCAGUAAUGUUUUGACUUCUUACCUGCGGUUUGCUGGGCACUAUUCCCAUUCUCCUCCAGAAGACUUGAACUUAGCCCAGCAGUGCAGGGCUUACCCCAUUGGCUGAGAGCAAUCAGCUGACACUUUCAGGUAAUGAGAAGAGCUAAUGGAGCAGACAUCUCUGUCUUACAGUAUGCUGUUGUGUUUAUGGUAUUGUGUUGCAGAAUUUAGAAAUUUCCAAGAUUGCUACUAUUUUGAUUACUUAUCUUUCAUAUAAAAAUAAAAAAAAUGAAUUACAUAUAGAAAUCCUUGCUGCUUUUAUAGUCCUUGAACGGAGCGCCUUUAUCUUGACUCCCAGUCAGUUAAUGUUGUAAGCUCUGCCUCCUCACCUGUUAGUCAGAAUAGAAAUUGCAAAGAGAGAGGAGGAGAAACAGAAAUACUGUCUUCCUCUCUCGACAUCCACUGCAAGGUGUGCCCUGGCUGUGCCAAGAUUAAACUGGAUUGUCAUAUCAAUUGCUAUAUCUGUAAUAUACGUUUAAAAGGAAACUGGGCUUUCAGGAUUUUAUUUAAUAUGAUGUUCAAUGUUUCAUUUAAUAGUGCAAUUUCCAAUGACGCGUCAGUUCCCCUUUAAGCAAAGCUGUAUAUUGAAGUGGAGAAAGCUGUCUUCUGGAUUAGCCCUUUGUGCUGACCACAAGCCACAAACAGUCCUCUGUUAUAGAUCGCUAUAAUCCAUCUUGCAGGGUAAUUUGUAAUGAAAUGGACAGGUGCAAUUAGCCAUACAAUGACUGACAAUGAAAAAUGACACUCAUUUCCUCUGGCAGUGUUACAUACUCUGUUAAUGUUGACAUGGGUAAUUUGGGUAAACUAUUGUAACAAGUAAAUGGCACGUUACUAUGGCCAAUGGUAUUUUUUGCAGGUCAAUAAAUAAUAUUGAAAAAGGAAAAAUAAACUCUGAAAAAUGAACAAUAGAGGCUUAAAGGAACACUAUAGGCCCCAAGAACACUUAAUCAUACUGACAGCCACUACAGGCACUUCUGCCGAAUAGCAUUGUAAAACUCCACUAUUUCUAUCAGGUGGUCUCAUUGGCAUGGCAAUUUGCCGCACAUGCACACUAGCCUCCCAAUGCUUUCCUGUGGGUGACUAGGGCACCAUAGCGUUAGGAAUAUACAUUUGCAUUCCUAAUGCUAUAGUGUUCCUUCAAAUAAUUAUUUGUGUGUAAUUGUUUACAGUGUUAUUCACAAAAUACUGAUUUUUUUCCAGAUGAAUAAAAUUUGGUUAAAAUUAUUGAAUUACAUCUGGUCUGGCAAUUGGUUUGAAAUCCAGUCAUUACAAUCUGUCUGAUGCAUUCAGAUGCAUUCAGUUUAAAAUCUGUAUUUUUCAUAUCCGAAUUCUAUAUAACAUAUAGGAUCUGGAUAUUUACAAAGCACAAAUUUUAUACAAAAUCGUGACCGGAUACAUCCGAUAGCAUGCAUAUUUGCAAAAUAUCAUUUACUUGCAAAAACAAAAGUGUGUAUCUAUGUGUGUAUGUGUACCUUUGUGUUUGUAUGUGUCAGUGUGUAUCUGUAUCUGUAUGUGUACAUGUCUGUGUGUAUCUGAAUGUGUGUAUUUAUGUGUGGAAGUGCACCAGUGUGUAUCUGAGUGUAUGUACAUAUCUGUGUCAGUGUAUGCUUGUAUCUGUGUACCUGUGUAUAUCUGAGUGUGUGUGCAUAUCUGUAAGUGUGUUUGUGUCAGUGUGUGUAUCUCAAACACCAACACUGUACACAAAUACACCCCUACGUUCAAACACCACUAGUGCAAACACUUAUCUGCAUUAAAAAGGUACACACUACACACAACUGCAUUCAACAGUAAUGUGCACACAUUGACACUUUUGCAUUCCAGUGUCAACACUACACACAAACACACCCCUGUAUUCAAACUCCAACACUACCCACAAUCACUACACACAACUGCAUUCAACAGUAAUGUGCACACGAGGAGGUAGGCAUAGCAGCCACAGGAAGUUAGUGACAGCCAGCAUGCUGGGUAGGGCGGAGCCAUAAGGGGAGUAUUUAUACCAGCCAUUAUAUGAAGUGGCCAUUUUAACUGAACCUAAGCUUACCUGUCAGUUGUCCCUCCCACCCUCCCUGUAUUUGGUUAGGUUAGUUGAUUUCCCGUUUUUUCACAGCGGUGGGAAUGGCCUGGUUAAAUUGGAGGGUAGAUGGAGGAGAAAGUGGGCAUCCUGAGGUUUAGUGUGGAUUGGGCAGUGUUGCACGUGAUUGGUAGGUUCGAGCCCGUUGGGGGUUAUAUGUUGUAGCAUUUAGUUGAAAGGCAAAAAAUGGGAAUGGCCUGGUUAAAUUGGAGGGUAGAUGGAGGAGAAAGUGGGCAUCCUGAGGUUUAGUGUGGAUUGGGCAGUGUUGCACGUGAUUGGUAGGUUCGAGCCCGUUGGGGGUUAUAUGUUGUAGCAUUUAGUUCUGGGUAGGGCGGAGCCAUAAGGGGAGUAUUUAUACCAGCCAUUAUAUGAAGUGGCCAUUUUAACUGAACCUAAGCUUACCUGUCAGUUGUCCCUCCCACCCUCCCUGUAUUUGGUUAGGUUAGUUGAUUUCCCGUUUUUUCACAGCGGUGGGAAUGGCCUGGUUAAAUUGGAGGGUAGAUGGAGGAGAAAGUGGGCAUCCUGAGGUUUAGUGUGGAUUGGGCAGUGUUGCACGUGAUUGGUAGGUUCGAGCCCGUUGGGGGUUAUAUGUUGUAGCAUUUAGUUGAAAGGCAAAAAAUGUACUAUUUAUAUUUUAUUUUUUACAUGGAUAAAAAAUGUUUUAACAAUUAAUUUUUACAGUGGUCAGACUCCUCGGCCCUGUAAGGGUAUGUUAGGAUAAAAUAAACAACCUGGGGGUGUGGUGGUGUCUUGGUACACCCUACACAUUGUGGCACCAUUUCAUUGUUAGCCCAGAGUAAUAUUUAGAGAUAAAUACACCUCCAACAUGUGAUUACAUGUCUUGUGACAGUUCCACUUUAAUGCACCAUAUUUAAAGUUAAUUAUAGAGCACGGUGGGGGAUAUUGCUGUGAGUACAGGGUCAGGGUUUUAAUGCAUGGGAUGAAAGGUUAACCAUAGAAGGUGUGUUGUUUAUAUAUAUGUUCAUGUAAUACUUGGAAAUAAAUCAAAGAUUUCGAGUCACAAUGCGAUUUAUAGAACACUUUAGAGUUGUACUUAGGCCUUAGGUCAUGCUAUAGGGCUGGUUUUUGGAUGGACUUCAGUCUGUAUGUGUGAAAGGGUCCAUAAAGCAUAUCCUGGGGGUUUUUGCCACCUAGAAGUGCCCUUGCCUCACCAGUUACCUAAAGAAAGCUGAAUGACUAUUUUAUCCUGAACCCGUGAUCAGCAACUGAGGAACAAAAAAAAAAAAAAAGUAAGGCCCCAAAUUAUAAACAGGGGGCUCAGCUAUCAACCUUUGCCCAAUAUAAAAUCUAAAAAUUCUUGCUAGUGAUUGUGAUUUUGUCUAAACCUUGCAUCUCAUCAAUUUUAUUUACCAUCUUCACUUCAAUUUACAUUACAUUGCUUCAGUAGUUCCAUUUACAUUAUUGGCUUCAAAGUUCUAUCAUCACCUCAUCAGUCCGUAUCAUUAUUCAUCCCUAUUUAUGGGCAUCCAAUAAUAUGAAGACUCUUAUCAAGCAUUCUUCAUGAAAUUCUUAUCUUCACAGCCUGCCAUUCAUAGAGCUGCUAUAUAAUAAAACUGUUCAUUUUCCAUGCAUGAUAUUAAUUUUUCACACACAUCGAUGGACAAAAAAAUAGAAAAAAAGUUGAGAAGCAACUCAUAUAUCAUCUUUUAUCAGCAAAAACUUUAUUAACCUCUGAUUCAAGUCAGGAGACCUGAUACAUCACCAGAAGAAGACACCAAAACAUUUGUUUACCUUUUUGAACAAAGUGGGUUUUAUGCCCCUCCAGCGGUCGUUUCCCCUGCCAUCAUCUGCCAGUUCUGCUGCCUUUGAUGACAAAGUAUUAAGGGCUAGUGAAAGUGCAGGAAAUAACUUCUGCCUUAUCGUCUCCUCGGUCACGCAUUCAGGGUUUGAAUCAAUUAUACUGCCUGGAGGAAUAAUGUAAUCUUCUCUUUUUCAGACAUAUUGGCUUAGCACAGUAAUGACAAUAGUAUGUUGCUCAGACUGGAGAAGGAAAAAGGAGACUGAGCCUGUUUGAUUUCAUUGCAAUUUCUCUCACUGGCAGUGGAAAUUGGGCGUUCUACGCAAGCUAAUAUCAAGUUAGACUUUAAAUACUUAUAUUCACUGUAUAAUUCAGUGCUACUAUCAUGUUAGAUAAUUGACUGACUUUGCAUUUCUCGUAGAAAAAAAAAGAUGUUUAUUUUAUCCUAACAUACCCUUACAGGGCCGAGGAGUCUGACCACUGUAAAAAUUAAUUGUUAAAACAUUUUUUAUCCAUGUAAAAAAUAAAAUAUAAAUAGUAAAUUUUUUGCCUUUCAACUAAAUGCUACAACAUAUAAAAUUCUUAAAUCAGACCCCACAAAAGUAUUACUGGAGAAAUUGAAAUACAUCUUACAAAGGGGGCUUAAGGAUAAUUUAAUAUCUAAGAAAGAGUAUGAUUUCAUGCUUAUAAUAAAUCCACGUAUACCCACAUUCUAUAGCCUACCUAAAAUUCAUAAAAAACAUCAAGAAUUAACAGGGAGGCCUAUAGUGUCGGGUAAUAAUAGCAUGACACAAAACAUCAGUAUUUACUUGGAUCAUAUUUUAAGACCUUUGGUGGUUAAGCUUCCUUCCUACCUAAGAGACACAAAACAAACUUUGUCCCACCUAAAUACACUAACUAUGUCCACACAUUCUAUUCUUUGCAGCUUAGAUGUAGAAUAAUUGUACAGUCCGAUCCCCCAUGCUUUAGGACUAAAGCAUACACGCUACUUUCUACAACAGAGGGGUAUACAUCUUCAUAAACACAGCGAAUUUGUCAUCGAACUAUUACAGUUCGUUUUGAUGCACAACUUCUUCACCUUUGAUGGUAUAUACUACCACCAGGUGCAGGGUACAGCUAUGGGGACGUCUUGUGUGCCCUCAUACGCCAACUUGCACCUGGGAUGGUGGGAAGAAAAAAUUGUGUUUAUAGACAAUCUGAACGAAUUCACUCAAUAUAUUCUCUCUUGGAAGAGAUAUAUCGAUGAUAUCAUGAUAGUCUGGAGUGGUACUCCUGAAAAUUUAUCUCGAUUUGUACAGCAUCUUAACAAGAAUGAUCUUAAUUUAAGAUUUACUUUUGAAAUGGGGAAACCAUCCCUCAGUUUCCUAGACCUCACCUUGACUCCGGAGGCCAAUGGCAUCAUUAAAACUGGCUUCUUUAGGAAAAGUACGGCUACCAAUAGCCUAUUGAAUUGGGGGAGUUAUCAUCCGACGCCUCUAAAAAGAAGCAUACCGACUGGGCAAUAUUUGCGCCUUAGGCGAAAUUGCUCCGAUAUGGAGGACUUUAAGGUGAGAGCUAAGGAGUUACGUGCAAUGUUUAGAGCUAAAGGAUACCCCCACAAAUGUUUAAAAAGGGCGUACCAUAGAGCUCUACUAACUGACCGAGGAGAUCUCAUCAAGGAAGAUUUACCUCCUAAAAAUCAUACCAACUUCGACUCUAAACAAUUGAGAUGUAUCGCCACUUAUGACGCAGGGUGGGAACACGUCAAGAGGAUCCUAAAUAGAUAUUGGCCGCUGCUUAGACAAGACGAACAUCUUAAAGAGGUAAUUUCCCCCAAUGCGGCUUUAAAAACAUCAAAGAUUUUUUAGUACAUAGCCACUUUAAACGGUUGUCAACAAUUUCGACACACUAGCUGUCUAACAAACUUCUGGGGACUUACAAAUGUGGUCGCUGCAAAGCGUGUAACUAUAUUUGUAAGGACUCAAAAAGGUUUCAAAACAGCUCAAAGUCUGAUGUUUUUUUCUUUAAUUGUAAUACAAAGGGGUUGGUCUAUUUGCUAAUAUGCCAAUGCGAUAAGUUGUAUGUGGGCAAGACAUUUAGACCGUUUAAAAGACGGAUUUAAGAACAGAUUAAUUCCGUUAAAUCCAAUAGACACAUUGAAACCUCAGUAUCCAGACAUGUAAAAAAUUUUCAUCAAAGUGACCAUACGGUACUCAAAUUUUUGGGUAUUGAACAGGUCAAACUACAUCAAAGGAAAGGUAAUCUGGAUAAACUUCUGAGGAGACGAGAGUGUUUUUGGAUAUACCGCCUUAACACACUGUCACCAAUAGGGUUUAAUGAAGGCUUCACUUAUUCUCCCUUUAUUAGUGAUCUCUAAAAGUAGAGUAUAACACUAUUCUACAAAGUCAUAGGGACUGUAACUUUAUACUGUGAUUCUGGAAAUAGUAGUUUCAUUCUACACCUUUUUUUGUAUUUUGUAUUUGAAUUACUAUAUCUUUCUUUUAUGGAGAUACCUGAAAAUUUUUUAAGACUCUUGUUACCCCCCCUUUUAUGUCUAACUGUAUAUGGAGUCCCCACUAUGGAUUUGUAAACUGAACAGAAGUACAUCUUAUAUUGAUACUUAUAACAUAAAAUAUGGUCUAUUCAUUAUAUACUAAGAUAAUUGAUUUACAGUUGACCAUUAGGUUAAUUCCUUGGCCAUAAGGCUUUUAAUUGCAUUGUUCUUAAUCUGUCUUGUUGAUACCUUAUACUAUUAACAAUAGGUUAUGUAUUGAUUAGAGAAUGCACAUAUAGGUAUCCUUUGAUGCAUUGUAUAAUUUAUCUGGUUAUAGACUGUCAGAUCUGUGUAUAUAGUAUUAGAUAUAGGCAGGGCAUUGCUGUGUAAAGAAUCUCUGGCCAUUUAAGGGCUAUUAUUUAUUACAUGUAUGGCUUUAUCACUGGAGAUAGAAGGAGCUGCCACUGUUUUGUUUGACAGCCCCUCCCCGCUCUGAUACCGCCCCCAUCCCUUAGGAUAGGGGGGUAUGAUUUAAAUUACGUUUCCAGUGGGAGGGUUCCAGUUUUAAGAAGGGAUGGCUCUGCUUGCGAUCGGCCCGUCCUGCCCCCCACCUGCAACCUGAUUGGCUGCACGAGUGACGUGGGGAAAAGAAGAGGGGCCAUUGGCAGACAGCGGGACCCGGAAGAUCUCCGCCUUCGUCACGCCUCUCCACACAUCUGUUAGUGGUUACUGAGGCGAUUAGAAGACGAUGCGGAUUGGCCGGGGGGGGCUUUAAAUUCGUGGCAGAAACACAGGUAUUUUCAUCCCCUGACGAAGGUGCAACUACACGCACCGAAACGCGCGUCAGGUUUUUUGUUUCCUGUUGUUUCACUCACUAUGGGAGCACUAGAUGUUUAACACCUUUAUUCACUUCAAUUUUGUAGCUUGGAGUUUUUUCUUUUAUUUUUGUGACAAGGGGCAAUCUGAUAGGUCCUAGCUCUAGUUCUUAGGGACAGCAUAGAACACCCUUGAAGGUGUUUUUAGGGAUUAUAGGGUCCUACUAGCUCAGUAUCUCUUUUUUGUUAAAUUGUUUCCAAGCUUUUUGCUAGGUGUUAUGUGUUAAUAGCUGAGAUCUUCGAGCUCUUGCUAUCAGAAGCUUUCUGGUUUGCAACUACUUGCUAUUUCCUAAUCCUGUCUAUAUACUGACAAACUGAUUGCUGCCCUAUUAUUUUCUGAGUAUGGGAUUUAGAUCCUCUAAUCGGAUUGCUGAUUAACUGAUUUGGUAAUAGGUAUAAGGUCUAUACCACAUUAUAGAGACUUAGAGUACCUUCAGAUUAUUAUUAUUAUUAUUAUGAUAUUUAUAGAGCGCCGUCAAAUUCUGCAGCGCUUUACAAUGGGUGGACGAACAGACAUGUAGUUGUAACCAGACAAGUUGGACACACAGGAACAGAAGGGGUUGAGGGCCCUGCUGAAUGAGCUUACAUGCUAGAGGGAGUGGGGUGAGAUGGCACAAAAAGGUAAGGAUAGUAUUAGACUAAUGACAGUUGCAGAAGAGGAAUCAGUCAGGAGCUAUUAACAGUUUAACUGAUACGCUUUUAUGAAGAAGUGGGUUUUUAACGAUUUUUUUGAAGGAAUGGAGACUGGGUGAGCAUCUAACGGAGGAGGGAAGCGAGUUCCACAGGAACGGUGUAGCCCUCGAGAAAUCUUGAAGGCGAGCAUCAGAGGUGGGAGUACGGAUAGAAGAUAGACGUAAGUCUUCAGCAGAUCGUAAGGGCCUAGACGGAACAUACUUGUGUAUAAGGGAGGAUAGAUAGGUGGGAGCAGCAUUAUGUAGCGAUUUGAAAGCAAGAACCAGAAUUUUAAAUUGAGCUCUAUAUUUUAUAGGAAGCCAAUGUAGGGAUUGACAGAAGGGUGAGGCAUGGGAGGUGCGGGCGGACAGGAAGAUGAGCCUCGCCGCCGCAUUCAUUAUGGACUGUAACGGCGCUAGUUGGUAGCACGUAAGACCACUGAGAAGCAGAUUACAGUAGUCAAGGCGAGAAAGAACAGUGGAAUGGACCAACACCUUAGUCGCAUCUGGCGUUAAGUAGUGGCGGAUGCGCGGAAUGUUUUUUAGAUGGAAUGGAUUUGGCGAUAGAUUGAAUAUGAGGCUUGGAGGAGAGGUCGGAGUCAAAGAGAACACCUAGGCAGCGAGCCUGCGUGGUGGAGCUGAUGGUAGCACCGUUGACUUGGAGGGAGACAGACACAGGAGUAAUAACACUUGAGGGAGGAAAGACCAGAAUUUCAGUUUUGGUCAAGUUUAGUUUAACCCCUUAAGGACACAUGACAUGUGUGACAUGUCAUGAUUCCCUUUUAUUCCAGAAGUUUGGUCCUUAAGCGGUUAAGGAAGUGGGCAGCCAUCCAGUUAGAAAGAGCAGAGAGGCAGUCAGAGACACUAGUCAAGAGGGACGGGGUGAGAUCAGGAGAGGUAGGUAGUGUCAUCUGCAUAGAAAUUAUAUUGGAAGCCAAAGGAGCUAAUGAGUUUACCAAGGGAGGCAGUAUAGAUGGAGAACAGUAGGGGACCAAGGACUGAACCUUGGUCGACACCAACAGAGAGGAGUUGGGGAGAAGAAGCAGAGCCAGAGAAACACUGAAAGAGCGCUGGGAGAGGUAGGAUGAGCACCAGGAGAGAGCAGUAUCUUGUAGACCGAUAUUGCAGAGGAUGAGAAGAAGCUGUUGAUGAUCAACAGUGUCAAAAGCUGCAGACAGGUCAAGGAGAAUUAGGAUAGAGUAGUGACCACGAGAUUUUGCAGCGAGUAGAUCAUUGGAUACUUUGGUCAGUGCCGUUUCCACAGAGUGCUUAGCGCGGAAACCAGACUGAAGCGGGUCUAGCAGAGAGUUGGACUCGAGGAAGUCUGUCAAUCUCGCAUACAAAUUUUUUCAAGGAUCUUGGAUGCAAAAGGCAGUAGCAAGAUAGGACGAUAGUUGGAUGGGGAGUUAGGGUCAAGAUUGGGCUUCUUUAGAAUUGGGGUUACAGUUGCAUGUUUGAAGGGUAAUGGAAAUAUACCAGAGGAGAGAGAGAGAUUGAGGAUUUUAUUGAGAGGUGGAUAAAGCAAAGAAGACAGAGUACGGAUGGGAUGCGAGGGAAUUGGAUCUAGGGAGCAGGUGGUGGGGCGGGAGGACUGGAGCAGAGCAGAAACUUCUUCCAAUGUAGCGGGUGCGAAUGAACAUAGAACAGCAGAGGGAGUGAAGUUAGGGGAAGUAUUGUAAGAGGAAGAAGAAAGAUGAGAUAUCUCUUCUCUGAUUGUAGAGAUCUUGUCAGUGAAGUGAGUUGCAAAGUCUGAGGCGAUCAAGUUAGUAGGUGGAGGAGGAACAGCAGGGCAAAGAAGAGAGUUAAAUGUGUGAAAUAGUCGUUUGGGUUCGCGGGAGAGUGUGGUUAUGAGGGUAUUGAAGUAAUUAUCUUUUGCAGAGGAAAGAGCCAAGCUGUAUGAGCUCAGCAUAAAUUUAUAGUGGAGAAAGUCAGAUCACAGUGAGACUUUCUCCAACAGCGUUCAGCAGUUCUGGAGCAUUUUUGGAGGUAUCGAGUGAGCUUGGUGUGCCAGGGUUGUUGUUGGGGGGGCCUGCGGCGUUUAAAUGUACAAGGUGCCAUGAUGUCUAGUUGAGAGGAGAGGGUGGAAUUGUAGAAGGAGGUUGCAGAACUAGGACAGGUGAGGUUUGAGAUAGGUAAAAGGAGAGUUUGGAGAUUAGUGGAGAAAUGCUCUAGGUCAAGACAUUGGAGGUUUCUGUGAGAGAAAUAUAUACCCCCUGCCACUUAGCAAUUAUCCCAGUUACAUAGUGCCUUUAAUCUAAAUGUACCAAUAAAGUAUUUAUUAUUUGAUUCUUCAUAGGCACAUUUUGGGACUAGAUGUAAUUGCUGUCUGUAGUAUAUUUUACUAAUGCAACUCCAAGCUUAUUUCUGGAUUGGUUACAUACCUUCAUAAUGUCUUUUUCUGGCUUUGUAUAAAACCAGAUUUGGAGUUUCAUUAGCUUUGGGACUCUAUUAGUUAUUUAUUAUUUCUUUAGUUACAACAUCGGGCUUAAGCCCUAGGGUGGGGCUGGUACCACCAACUCUGACCGCUGUGUGUCUCUUUUCACUUUCAGUGAAAAUUGUUUACACACAGUUCUUUGUAUUCUUUUUUUUAUCUGUAUAUGUAAUGGUGUUUGUGUGUGUGUGGUGUGUGUGUGUGUGUGUGUGUGUAUAUAUAUAUAUAGAUAUAUGAAAUUCUUAACAUGCAUCUAACAUCAAAUUAUUCUUGACAAAAUGUUCCAUGCUGCUUAGAUACCAGCAUAAAUUGAUGAGAUCCAUUUUGGAUGUUGCACUUAAUUGUGUGUGUGGUUUUGUUUCUUCGAAGUGAGUGGUAAAAUAUUGAUCACCAUACCUCCUUGUAAACCUUUCCAUUUUCUGGCAGCAAUUUCUUACUUGUUGCAAAAUAAAAGGCAAAUCACCUAAAUGCAAACAUUUGGGAAUAUGUAGAUUAUGUGAGCAAUCUAGCAAUAGAUAUUUAUUUCUCUAUUUUUUCAUUCACGGGUGAGAAUGCUGCUUUGAUGAUGUGUAAGUGAGGUUACAAAGAGAAGAUGGUUCUGUUGAGAACAAUGGACCUGAAAGAACGUAUGUCAUUUAAAUGUAUCUUGUAUGUCUAUGAUUGUGUUUUGCUACCUACAUGUAUUUUAUCUUAAAAAGCAACAGAAAUAGAAUCCCCCAGCUUCUUGACUAUACGUGUAACCUUAUUUAAACAUAUCUUUAAAAUGUAGAAUGUUCUGUCAUGUCACCAGUGUGACAGAUCCAUGUUUUUAAAUAGGUAGAUAAAAGUCAUUGGCCAAAACAAAAUGGUAUUAAUGAUUUAAAAACUGUGACGUGCAAAACGUGUCUCUGCCACAUUGCCAAAUUGUUAGAUUGCUGUACCUGUCUAUUUCUUAAAGAGAAAACCUCACUUCACAGAAGUUUAAAUCUGUUUUCUUUUCCCUUAUGUUUGUCAAAUACAUGUUCAUGAGAUUUGAAAAAGUAAAAGUAAAUGCAGAAAUCCACACUGCUGUAUUUAUCUACAACCAGGAUUUGAGUGCUUCCAUCUUGUUUCCCCGUCAGUCAUUGUUACAUGCUCUGGCCUGUCAAUAAGCGUGGCGAGGGCAAUACUAAAGUGUGCUUUUGCUAUGCCAGGAUUGUAUCUGAUUGCGAUUUCAAUAACUAGAUAUUUGCUUAACAUUUAAACGAAAUGUUAGACUAUCUCAUGUUAAAGAGGUUAACUUACGUUACAGGAGAUUUUCAAUGUUUCCCUUUAAAAAGCAGCUGAGUAUCAUACACAAACCAUAAAACACAAAAUAUACAUCCAACUAGUAAAGUAUUGAUAGAUCCUAAAAUAAGAGCAUUGACCACUUGAUUUAUGUUGCCCUAACAGGACUGAUUACCAUAAAAUAAUUCUCAUCAAAUGCUAUUCUGUGAAUACAUACUCGUCACUGUUUUCUUUUUGUUCUGUUCAUGUUUUUGCAGUAGUGUGUGAUCCCAAUACAUUCAAUUCGAUGAACAAUGUCCACUGUCAAGUCUGCAACGACAUCCGAAUUCCAUACUACGGAGCAACUACCUGCUAAUGUAAA